AAUGCCACUCUCUCUGCAUGGUGGCAGCAGCCGCCCCCGACCCCAACGCUCUACUGACGAUGUCACUUCCUGUGGCGGGCGAGAGAGACACAGGGGCGACUGCUGCCACUUCACCAUCAGGCGCUGCCAGCGGGGUGCUGAAUAUGAGGCUGGAGAGGGUUAGCACCAGGCUUCACUCUUCCUGUUUCUAUCUCUGCCCAUUGGCGUAGGGAUAAAGUAGAAUGGGGCAUACACUACUCUGUGCCAUGCUUCUCUCUUGAAUUCUAAUCAACACUCACUUUUCACUCCAACAGUUGUUGAUUCUCGAAAGCAGUGUUUCUCAAUAAACUCCUGAUUGACUCCCAAGGGGUUCACCUAUUUUUCUCCAACUAAUCAACCACACAAGUCCUAGAUUAGUCGAUGUCAUGUGUUUUAGUGCUGGGCUGGAACAAAAAGUGCACCCUGGUGGGUUUACCAGUAACAAAGUGAGUAACAAAGAUUCUAUGUGUAAAACGUUUUUAUCUCUUCAAAAUAAAGGCCAGGGAUACCAUUAGAAGAGAAGAUCUAUUUGAAACUGAGAGCUGGCUAUUAUACAAUAUGAAUGGGAAGGCUGGAUGCUGAAACAUAUCAGUGUAUAGGUCAUACUAACCAUUGAAACUAUGUAUUUUUAAUAGUGUUGUCCUAUUGAGUGGACAGUACACACAGUAUCGAUCUCUCUCCCUCCCAUGAAAUAUGUGAAUAUCCUGCAGGUUGAGUUCUUGGUAUUUUUAUGACGUCAGCGCUAUAGAACUGAUUAAUUAUGGACAUUGGCCGGAGAGCUGAGUUGUUUUACGGUAAGCAGCCAGUAAUUUAACCAUCAGUUGAAUUCAAAGUGCUUUGAGUUCUGUGUGUGUGUGUGUUGGUGGCCCCUUUGAGGUAAUAAAUGCUGGAAUGUUAAAAGCUAUUAACAAUUAUUGAAUCAUCAAUAUCUCAAAAGCAUUGUGCUGGAGUGCAGGCACGGUGUGGGUGUGUCUGCGUCUGCGUAUUUAAGAAGCAUACCUCUGAGAGCGAGCCAAAGGUCGUAACCUCUUAAUGAAAAGCUAAUUGGCCGAUGCAGAGUCAGUGAUGUCACUAGUACUGCCUGGGGCAGUGAGUUUGCAUAUUUUACCAUGCAGUGUGUGCAUGUUAGUUUAUCUGUAUCACAGGGUAUGGCUGUAUGUGUGUGUGUGUGUGUGUUUACGUACCUGUGAGACUGUGUGUGUAUGUGUGGCCAUAGAGACUUUGUGUGAGUGUUCAUGGUCUGACUGUGGUUGGUCUUUUAUAGGCUACACUUGUCCUGUAUCAGGUUGUAUACUGAGUGUGUGUGUGAAUAUCUGUUUAUGCUACAUAUUAUGUCAGCGAAUGUGUGUGUGUGUGUGCACAGGGGAGUAUCUGUGUCUUUAUGACUCAGGGAACCCACUCUGACUCACAGUAAGCCGAUCUACAGAACAAGGAGAAUACCCACUAUCCCCUCUGGGCCCCUCUGGUGAUGGCGAGGUGGGAGUGUCUUCUCAACAGCCCUGUCUUGUAUUGAUCCAUAAUGGAGAACUUUCUUCCGCCAGUUGCCCAGGACCAUUGCAUUAUUAUAUGAGUCAGGGGUGCUACUGGGUGCUGGUCAUAGCCACAAUGCUGGGAAUAGACUAAAAGGGAAAGAAAUAGUGAUAGUGAAGAUGAAACUGGAGUUUUUUUUAUGCACUCCCUCACUCACACACACGCAUACAUGCACCCCCCCCCCCCCCCCCUCUCUCUCAGUUAUUUUCUUCCUCUACAGUACUUCUUGAACUCAGAGUAAUUGUCAGUCUACUGGGUAUAAUAGUAUUAGCAAGCUAACACACUUUCAUUACACCAGAUGAAAAAUAAUUCUCUACACUGGCCAUAUUUUACUUUGCUGUAGACUUAAACAGGCAAUUUAGGCAUACGGAUUAAACAAUUAUGGCGAUGAAAUAAUUAGCAUUUACUAAUGACUUGAAACCACUGGAAGCAUUGGAAGUAUGAUUGUGGAAUAAAUAAAUGCUGGUUGAGAAAGGGUGAAAGUAAUACAGGCUUAUCAAUCCUGCUAUUGUGUUAGUCAAGUCGAGUGUUUUGGGACAAUGGUAACAUUCCAAUAUCCUCUCUGUUUCUCACAAUCUUUCUUUCUUUCUCUCUCUCUCUCUCUCUCGCUCUCUCUCUCGCUCUCUCUCUCUCUCUCUCUCUCUCUCUCGCUCUCUCUCUCUCUCUCUCUCUCUACUCCUCUUUCUCUCUCUCUCUCUAUCUACUCCUCUCUGCGAGCCAUUCCUCAUGUGUCUGUAUGGUUGUGAUAAUAGCUAACCCUGUCAACAAGAAUGAGGGAGGGCAACAAAACGCUGAGGCCCUCCAAAUAUCACAGACACCGUGCCUGCCUGCCCGCCCGCCGCAGUCUCAAUUAAAUUACAAAUGUGUUCUCUGGCCUGAUUGCAGGAUCGGUAAAUGUUUGCCUACUCGACGGGCGAUUGAUUGCCACCAAGUUGAGCGAGCAGAAUUUCACGGCAGAGUGAGCAUGGAGAGGAGAGAGGGAUGAGAGAUGAAAGGGGGGACAGGUAGAGGAGGGGACAGGAACGAACAUGGGUGCCAGAUUGAAAUACUUGAGGCAGUUUCAUAGAUGCAUGGACACACACACACACACACACACACACACACACACACACUGAAAUGCAGGAAGUGUGUAAGCCAUGUUAGCAGAUUCUAUACUCCCAUAGAUCUAUAGUAAUAUGUAAACCGAUACAUACUGUAGCCACACCUGGUUUAGCUAUCAGUCCCCUCUCAGAGCUAUCAGUCUAUGGUUCUCGAUCUGCUAUCAGUCCCCUCUCAGAGCUAUCAGUCUGUGGUUCUCGAUCUGCUAUCAGUCCCCUCUCAGAGCUAUCAGUCUGUGGUUCUGGAUCUGCUAUCAGUCUAUAACCAGGGGAGGGAUCCAUCUUAACUCUAUUGGUCGUCUAGUUUGUCUGUCUAUAACCAGGGGAGGGAUCCAUCUUAACUCUAUUGCUCGUCUAGUUUGUCUGUCUAUAACCAGGGGAGGGAUCCAUCUUAACUCUAUUGGUCGUCUAGUUUGUCUGUCUAUAACCAGGGGAGGGAUCCAUCUUAACUCUAUUGCUCGUCUAGUUUGUCUGUCUAUAACCAGGGGAGGGAUCCAUCUUAACUCUAUUGCUCGUCUAGUUUGUCUGUCUAUAACCUCGGCAUUCAUUCCUGGUCCUGGAGAGCUUCAGGUGGUACAGGCUUUUUGCUCCAUCCCAGCGCUGACACAGCUGACUAAUCUAACCAAGGGCUUGUUGAACAGUCGAUUAGAUCUAUCAGGCGUGUUAGUGCUGGUCUGGAAUGAAAACAUGCACCCCCUGCGGCUUCUAACCACAUGAACCAAGGCAUGAACUCCCACUGGUGAUAGAAUACAUCCUCCCAUAUAUUCCCCCUCAAAGAAUAUUGCAUAUAGGAUUACAUAUCAUUGUGGGACAUUCUUGGCAUACAUACUACACAUACUACAUACUAUGCAUAUUACAUACUACACAUACUACACAUAAUACACAUACUACAUACUACACAUAAUACACAUACUACAUAUUAUACAUUCUGCACAUACUACACACUACAUACUGCACAUACUAUACAUACUACACGUACUACACAUUCUACAUACUACAAAUACUAUACAGUCGUGGUCAAAAGUUUUGAGAAUGACACAAGUAUUGGUCUUCACAAAGUUUGCUGCUUCAGUGUUAUGAGAUAUUUUUGUCAGAUGUUACUAUGGUAUACUGAAGUAUAAUUACAAGCAUUCCAUAAGUGUCAAAGGCUUUUAUUGAGAAUUACAUUAAGUUUAUGCAAAGAGUCAAUAUUUGCAGUGUUGACCCUUCUUUUUCAAGACCUCUGCAAUCCGCCCUGGCAUGCUGGCAAUUAACUUCUGGACCACAUCCUGACUGAUGGCAGCCCAUUCUUGCAUAAUCAAUGCUUGGAGUUUGUCAGAAUUUGUGGGUUUUUGUUUGUCCACCCGCCUCUUGAGGAUCGACCACAAGUUCUCAAUGGGAUUAAGGUCUGGGGAGUUUCCUGGCCAUGGACCCAAAAUGUCAAUGUUUUGUUCCCAGAGCCACUUAGUUAUCACUUUUGCCUUAUGGCAAGGUGCACCAUCAUGCUGGAAAAGGCAUUGUUCGUCACCAAACUGUUCUUGGAUGGUUGGGAGAAGUUGCUCUCUGAGGAUGUGUUGGUACCAUUCUUUAUUCAUGGCUGUUUUCUUAGGCAAAAUUGUGAGUGAGCCCACUCCCUUGGCUGAGAAGCAACCCCACACAUUAAUGAUCUCAGGAUGCUUUAAUGUUGGCAUGACACAGGACUGAUGGUAGCGCUCACCUUGUCUUCUCCGGAGAAGGUGUUUUCCGGAUGCCCCAAACAAUCGGAAAGGGGAUUCAUCAGAGAAAAUGACUUUACCCCAGUCCUCAGCAGUCCAAUCCCUGUACCUUUUGCAGAAUAUCAGUCUGUCCCUGAUGUUUUUCCUGGAGAGAAGUAGCUUCUUUGCUGCCCUUCUUGACACGAGGCCAUCCUCCAAAAGUAUUCGCCUCACUGUGCGUGCAGAUGCACUCACACCUGCCUGGUGCCAUUCCUGAGCAAGCUCUGCACUGGUGGUGCCCCGAUCCCGCAGCUGAAUCAACUUUAGGAGACGGUCCUGGCGCUUGCUGGACUUUCUUGGGCGCCCUGAAGCCUUCUUCACAACAAUGGAACCUCUCUCCUUUAAGUUCUUGAUGAUCCGAUAAAUGGUUGAUUUAGGUGCAAUCUUACUAGCAGCAAUAUCCUUGCCUGUGAAGCCCUUUUUGUGCAAAGCAAUGAUGACGGCACGUGUUUCCUUGCAGGUAACCAUGGUUACUGUCAAGGACGGGCGUAGGUGUGGUGUGGAAUCAAUUGCAGGAUGCAGAUGCAAGUCCAAAAACACUUUAAUAAAGUCCACAGAAAUAACGCACUCAGCGUAAAAGUACAACAUACGCACAACGUGCGGACUCUCUAAUAACAUAGAGCACAAACUGACUGGCAACACCUGCUGACAUAGAACAACUACACACAACCACAAGACAGAAACAACGAGAACUUAAAGGACACAUAAUCAAGACGAAAUGAGCAACAGGUGUAACAAAUCAGACCAAACCAAACACACACAGAAACAACGAACGGUGGCAGCUAGUACUCCGGGGAUGACGACCGCCGAAGCCUGCCCGAACAAGGAGAAGGAGCAGCCUCGGCCGAAACCGUGACAGUACCCCCCCCUUGACGCGCGGCUCCAGCCGUGCGCCGACCCCGGCCUCGGGGACGACCAGGAGGACGCGGAGCAGGGCGCGUGGGAUGACCACGAUGGAACUCAGUCAGAAGAGACGGGUCUAAGAUAUCUCUCCUCGGCACCCAGCACCGCUCCUCCGGACCGUACCCCUCCCACUCCACAAGAUAUUGGAGACCCCCCAUCCGGCGUCUCGAAUCCAGGAUGGACCGAACUGUGUACGCCGGAGCCCCCUCGAUGUCCAGCGGGAGCGGAGGAGUCUGCUAUCUCACACUCCUGGAGUGGACCAGCUACCACCGGCCUGAGGAGAGACACAUGGAACGAGGGAUUAAUAUUCUUAUACUCAAUAGGAAGUUGUAAUCUGUAACACACCUCGUUCAACCUCCUCAGGACUUUAAAAGACCCCACAAACCGCCGACCCAGCUUCCGGCAGGGCAGGCGGAGGGGCAGGUUUAUGGUCGAGAGCCAGACUCAAUCUCCCGGUGCGUACACCGGUCCCUCACUGCGGUGGAGAUCGGCGCUCGCCUUGUGUUGACGGAUGGCCCGCUGCAGAUGUACGUGAGCAGCGUUCCACGUCUCCUCCGAGCGCCGCACCCACUCAUCCACCGCAGGGGCCUCGAUCUGGCUCUGAUGCCAAGGUGCCAGAGCCGGCUGGUAACCUAAUACACAUUGGAAAGGAGUGAGUCUGGUGGAAGAGUGGCGAAGGGAGUUCUGGGCCAUCUCGGCCCAGGGAACAUACCUCGCCCACUCCUCCGGCCGGCCCUGGCAAUACGACCUCAGAAACCUACCCACAUCCUGGUUUACUCGUUCAACCUGCCCAUUGCUCUCCGGGUGGUACCCCGAGGUAAGGCUCACCGAGACCCCCAAGCGCUCCAUGAACGCUCUCCAGACUCGAGAGGUAAACUGGGGGCCUCGAUCAGACACUAUAUCCUCGGGUACCCCGUAAUGCCGGAAGACGUGAGUGAAUAGUGCCUCAGGGGUCUGUAGGGCAGUGGGAAGACCCGGCAUGGGAAGGAGACGACAGGCCUUCGAGAACCGAUCCACAACGACCAGGAUGGUGGUAUUUCCCUGGGAGAGGGGAAGAUCAGUAACGAAAUCCACCGAGAGGUGAGACCAGGGUCGUUGUGGAACGGGCAGGGGUUGUAACUUACCCCUGGGCAAAUGUCUGGGUGCCUUACACUGGGCACAUACCGAACAGGAGGAAACAUAAACCCUCACAUCCCUGGCUAACGUUGGCCACCAGUACUUAGUGCUAAGGCAGUGCACCGUCCGGCCAAUCCCUGGAUGUCCAGAGGAGGGUGACGUGUGAGCCCAAUAUAUAAGUCGAUCCCGAACCUCGAACGGCACGUACGUCCGACCCACAGGACACUGUGGAGGGCUAGGAUCGGUACGCAACGCCCGCUAGAUUUCGGAAUCGACCUCCCACACCACCGGUGCCACCAGGCAAGACGGCGGGAGUAUGGGCGUGGGCUCAACGGACCUCUCCUCCGUGUCAUACCGCCGGGACAGAGCAUCUGCCUUACCAUUCUGGGACCCAGGGAUGUACGUGAUCUUAAAAACGAACCGGGCCAGAAACAUAUUCCACCUAGCCUGGCGAGGGUUCAGUCUCCUAGCUGCCCGGAUGUACUCCAGGUUUCGGUAGUCUGUCAAAAUGAGGAAAGGGUGUUGAGCCCCCUCUAGCCAAUGCCUCCACACCUUUAGGGCCUGGACCACGGCUAGCAGCUCCCUGUCCCCCACGUCAUAAUUUCGCUCCGCCGGACUGAGCUUUUUAGAGUAAAAAGCACAGGGGCGGAGUUUCAGGGGCGUGCCAGAUCGUUGCUAGAGCACGGCCCCUAUACCGGCUUCAGACGCGUCUACCUCGACCUGGAAUGGGAGUGCGGGAUCCGGAUGCGCCAACACCGGCGCCGAGGUAAACAGGUCCUUCAGUCUCCCAAAAGCCCUAUCCGCCUCAGCAGACCACUGCAAGCGCACCGGACCUCCCUUUAGUAGAGACGUUAUGGGAGCUGCCACCUGUCCAAAGCCCCGGAUAAACCUCCUGUAGUAAUUCGCAAAACCCAAGAACCGCUGCACCUCUUUAACAGUAGUUGGAGUUUGCCAAUUAUGCACGGCCGACACACGGUCAACCUCCAUCUUAACCCCUGACGCAGACAACUGAUAACCCAAAAAGGAGACAGACUCCUGGAAAAACAGACAUUUCUCUGCCUUGACAUACAGAUCAUGCUCCAACAAUCUCCUCAAUACUCGGCGCACCAGGGCUACAUGCUCGGCUCGGGUAGAAGAAUACACUAGAAUGUCGUCAAUGUACACGACCACUCCCUGCCCCUGCAUAUCCCGGAAGAUCUCAUCAACGAAGGAUUGGAAGACUGAAGGAGCAUUCAUUAACCCGUAUGGCAUGACGAGAUACUCGUAAUGACCCGAGGUGGUACUAAAUGCUGUCUUCCAUUCGUCUCCCUCCCUAAUACGCACCAAGUUGUAUGCGCUCCUGAGAUCCAAUUUUGUGAAGAAACGCGCCCCGUGUAAAGACUCCGUCAUAGUCGCAAUCAGAGGGAGUGGAUAACUGUAUUUCACAGUAAUCUGAUUGAGACUGCGGUAAUCAAUACACGGGCGCAAACCUUCCAUCCUUUUUCUUCACAAAAAAGAAACUCGAGGACGCAGGGGAAGUGGAGGGCCGUAUGUAUCCCUGUCUCAGAGACUCGGCUAUGUAAGUCUCCAUAGCUCUCUUCUCCUCUUGAGACAGAGGAUACACAUGGCUCCGCGGAAGCGCAGCUCCUACCUGGAGGUCUAUCGCACAAUCCCCCUGUCUAUGUGGUGGCAAUUGCGUCGCCUUCACUUUACUAAACACAAUUGCUAAAUCAUCAUACUCGGGGGGAAUGUGGAAUGCCGGCAGUUGGUUUGGACAUUCCACCGAGGUCGCCCCUACGGAAACGCCCAGACAUCGCCCUACACACUGGACAGACCACUCCUUGAGAGCCCUCUGUUGCCACGAAAUAGAGGGAUUAUGAGUAAUCAACCAGGGAAGCCCCAGCACCACCGGAUACGCAGGAGAGUCUAUAAGAUAUAGCUGAAUAGUCUCCUCAUGACCCUCCUGCGUCCCCAUCCUAAGUGGAGCUGUGACCUCCCUAAUCAACCCCGAUCCCAACGGACGGCUAUCUAAAGCAUGUACAGGGAAGGGACUACUGACUGGAAGGAGGGGAAUCCCUAACUCAGCACAAAAUCGCCGAUCUAUAAAAUUCCCAGCUGCGCCUGAAUCUACUAGCGCCUUAUGCUGGGAAUGAGGUGCAACCUGUGGGAAGCAAACAGGUAUGGUUAGGUGAUCAACAGAGAGCUCUGGGUAAGUGGGGCGCCUACUCACCUGGAAGGACUCCCCAGAGCGUGGCCUGCCGUCUCUCCCCUAGGAGACCCCCCCCAGCACCUGGCCGCAGUGUGUCCUCCACGGCCACAGUAGGUACAGGGGUUGGUUCCCCUGGGGCUCCUUCUCCUCUCCUCUCUAGCGCCAGCACCCCCGAGCUCCAUAGGACUAGGCUCGGAGGUGCUGGAGGGUGGAAUGGACGACCCCCACUCAGGACAUCCGCGUGUGGCCAACAGGGUGUCGAGGCGAAUGGCCAUGUCAACUAACUGGUCAAACGUGAUGGUGGUGUCCCUGCAGGCCAACUUACGACGGACGUCCUCCCGUAGGCUGCAGCGGAAGUGGUCUAUGAGGGCCCGCUCAUUCCACCCUGCGUCUGCCGCUAGAGUCCGGAACUCCAGUGUAAAAUCCUGUGCGCUCCUCUUCCCCUGUCGGAGGUAGAAUAGACGUUCUCCCGCCGCCUUCCCCUCAGGUGGAUGGUCGAAUACAGCCCUGAAGCGACGGGAGAACUCCGCAUAGGUGAUCGUUGCGGGGUCUAUUCUCCUCCAUUCGGCGUUGGCCCACUCCAACGCCUUGCCGGUGAGACAGGAGAUGAGGGCGGAAACGCUCUCGUGUCCCGAGGGCACCGGGUGUACGGUGGCGAGGUAGAGUUCUACUUGUAGGAGGAAACCUUGACACCUGGCAGCGGUACCAUCAUACGCCCUCGGGAGCGAGAGCCGAAUCCCACUGGGUUCCGGAGCGUGGACUAAGGGACUGACCGGUGCUGGUGGUACUGUGGGAGGAGGCGUGGGUGCCCAACUGGUCUCCAGGCGAUGCAGGGUAUUCAUUACUCCUUGUAAUGUGUUGGUGAUCUGGGCUAUCCUGUCAACCUGUCCGCGGACGCGCUCCUCCCAUGACUCGGUCGCUGCUGCUGCUCCUGCUGAUUCCAUGAAUGGUGUGUAGUUCUGUCAAGGACGGGCGUAGGUGUGGUGUGGAAUCAAUUGCAGGAUGCAGAUGCAAGUCCAAAAACACUUUAAUAAAGUCCACAGAAAUAACGGCUACAAACAGAGCCGGUUGAACAAGGAAAAAAUAAACGCACUCAGCGUAAAAGUACAACAUAUGCACAACGUGCAGACUCUCUAAUAACAGAGCACAAACUGACUGGCAACACCUGCUGACAUAGAACAACUACACACAACCACAAGACAGAAACAACGAGAACUUAAAGGACACAUAAUCAAGACGAAAUGAGCAACAGGUGUAACAAAUCAGACCAAACCAAACACACACAGAAACAACGAACGGUGGCAGCUAGUACUCCGGGGACGACGACCGCCGAAGCCUGCCCGAACAAGGAGAAGGAGCAGCCUCGGCCGAAACCGUGACAGUUACAGAGGAAGAACAAUGAUUUCAAGCACCACCCUCCUUUUAAAGCUUCCAGUCUGUUAUUCUAACUCAAUCAGAAUGACAGAGUGAUCUCUAGCCUUGUCCUCGUCAACACUCUCACCUGUGUUAACGAGAGAAUCACUGACAUGAUGGCAGCUGGUCAUUUUGUGGCAGGGCUGAAAUGCAGUAGAAAUGUUUUUUGGGGAUUGAAGUUCAUUUUCAUGGCAAAGAAGGACUUUGCAAUUCACUGUAAUUCAUCUGAUCACUCUUCAUGACAUUCUGGAGUAUAUGCAAAUUGCCAUCAUCAAAACUGAGGCAGCAGAUUUUGUGAAAAUUAGAAUUUGUGUAAUUCUCAAAACUUUUGACCACGACUGUACAUACUACACAUACUUCACAUACUGCACAUAAUAUAUACUAAACAUACUACACAUACAACAUACUGCACAUAAAACAUACUUCACAUACUACAUACUGCACAUACUACACCUACUACAUACGACACCUACUGCAAACUACAUACUACACAUUCUGCAUAAUACACAUACUGCAUAUACCACACAUACUACACAUUGUACAUACUACACAUACUGCACAUACUACAUACUGCACAUACUACACAUUCUACAUACUACACAUUCUACACAUACUACACACUACACAUUCUACGUACUAUACAUACUACACAUACUGCACAUACUACACAUACUACACAUACUGCAUACUAAACUUACUGUGGUCCUCUGUAGCUCAGCUGGUAGAGCACGGCGCUUGUAACGCCAAGGUAGUGGGUUCGAUCCCCGGGACCACCCAAACACAAAAAUGUAUGCACGCAUGACUGUAAGUCGCUUUGGAUAAAAGCGUCUGCUAAAUGGCAUAUUAUUAUUAUUAUUAUUAUAUACAUACUACACAUACUGCACAUACUACACAUACUACACAUACUGCAUACUAAACUUACUGUGCAUACAACAUACUGCAAAUACUGCAAAUACUACACAUACUACAUAUUACAAAUACUACAUGCUGUACAUACUGCACAUACUAUGCAUACUACACAUACUAUACAUACUACACAUACUGCACAUACUACAUAUACUACACAUGCAGUAUUCUACACAUACUGCAUACUACACAUACACUACCGUUUGGGGUCACUUAGAAAUGUCCUUGUUUUCCAUGAAAACAUACAUGAAAUUAGUUUGAAUAGGAAAGAUAGCAAAAUGCAUAGGAAAUGUAGUCAUUGACAAGGUUAGAAAUAAUGAUUUUUAAUAGAAAUAAUAAUUGUGUCCUUCAAACUUUGCUUUCGUCAAAGAAUCCUCCAUUUGCAGCAAUUACAGCCUUGCAGACCUUUGGCAUUCUAGUUGUCAAUUUGUUGAGGUAAUCUGAAGAGAUUUCACCCCAUGCUUCCUGAAGCACCUCCCACAAGUUGGAUUGGCUUGAUGGGCACUUCUUACAUACCAUACGGUCAAGCUGCUCCCACAACAGCUCAAUAGGGUUGAGAUUCAGUGACUGUGCUGGCCACUCCAUUAUAGACAGAAUACCAGCUGACUGCUUCUUCCCUAAAUAGUUAUUGGAUAGUUUGGAGCUGUGCUUUGGGUCAUUGUCCUGUUGUAGGAGGAAAUUGGCUCCAAUCAAGCGCCGUCCACAGGGUAUGGCAUGGCGUUGCAAAAUGGAGUGAUAGCCUUCCUUCUUCAAGAUCCAUUUUACCCUGUACAAAUCUCUCACUUUACCACCACUAAAGCACCCCCAGACCAUCACAUUGCCUCCACCAUGCUUGACAGAUGACAUCAAGCACUCCUCCAGCAUAUUUUCAUUUGGUCUGCGUCUCACAAAUGUUCUUCUUUGUGAUCCGAACACCUCAAACUUUGAUUUGUCUGUCCAUAACACUUUUUCCAAUCUUCCUCUGUCCAGUGUCUGUGUUCUUUUGCCCAUCUUAAUCUUUUAUUUUUAUUGGCCACUCCUCUUUCUAUUCUGGUUAGAGCCAGUUUGCGCUGUUCUGUGAAGGGAGUAGUACACAGCGUUGUAUGAGAUCUUCAGUUUCUUGGCAAUUUCUCGCAUGGAAUAGCCUUAAUUUAUCAGAACAAGAAUAGACUGACAAGUUUCAGAAGAAACGUAUUUGUUUCUGGCCAUUUUGAUUCUGUAAUCGAACCCAUAAUUGCUGAUGCUCCAGAUACUCAACUAGUCUCAAGAAGGCCAGUUGUAUUGCGUCUUUAAUCAGCACAACAGUUUUCAGCUGUGCUAACAUAAUUGCAAAAGGUUUUUCUAAUGAUCAAUUAGCCUUUUAAAAUGAUAAACUUGGAUUAGCCAACACAAUGUGCCAUUGGAACACAGGACUGAUGGUUGCUGAUAAUGGGCCUCUGUAUUCCUAUGUAGAUAUUCCAUUAAAAAUCAGCCGUUUCCAGCUACAAUAGCCAUUUACAACAUUAACAAUGUCUACACUGUAUUUCUGAUCAAUUUGACGUUAUUUUAAUGGACAAAAAAAUUGCUUUUCUUUCGAAAACAAGGACAUUUCUAAGUGACCCAAAACUUUUGAACGGUAGUGUGCUACAUACUUUACAUACUACACAUACCACAUACUGCAUACUACAAAUACUACAUACUACAUACUAUACAUACUACACACACUACAUACUGCAUAAUGCACAUAUUAGGGAGGGGGAAAUCCUCACUUCAAGUAAAGACAGAAGGUUUCGUCAGCAGCUGAUUUGAAAUGGAAGAAAGAAAAGGAUGAGGUAGAGGAGGAGGUAGAGGAUGAGGAGGAGGUAGGGAUGGAGGAGGUAGUAGAGGACGAGGAGGUAGAGGAGGAGGUGGUAGAGAGGAGGAGGUAGAGGAGGAGGAGGAGGUAGAGGAUGAGGAGUGGUAGAGGAGGAGGGAGGAGGUAGAGGAUGAGGAGGAGGAUGAAAGAGUUAACCUGUAACCUACAGGUGUACUAUUUGAGCAACCCCUGGCUAAAGUGUUGUCUUGUCGAGGGAGAAUGCAUGGGGACAGAAGGAGGGGUGAGAGGGUUGAGAGAGUGACUCAAACAGCCCUUUGUCCGUCAGCCGGAGGAGAGAGGCUAAAGGUAGCCUGUUUGUGGCAAUCCUGGGCGAAAAUACAACCGCAUGACCAUGGGAGCAUGUUAGCGCUAGCCGUUUAGCCGUCGCUAGGGUAAUUAGCGCUGGCUGGCCUAUUAACCCUAUAAAAGAGCUGGCAAGUGGUUCAAUGACAGAACGCAAGUCGGAUAGACAGGCAGCCAGACAGACAGGCAGACGGACGGAGAUGGACAGACAGGUCUAAGUCUGUUUGAUAACAGUAAUAGCAGUCGUUUUCCACUAAGUGAUGCAUGCCUGAUAUGAAUGAUAAUUUGAGCCGCGGACUCAUUCACAUCUGUGGGUUUCCUCUGUGAUAAGGAUGAGCUUCCCCUCCCCCAAUCCUAACCUUAACCAUCAGGGGGGAAAUAUCAGACUGACCUUAGAUCAGUAGCUGGAGCUGGACUAUGCUUGGGUGUUUUCCCAUGAUCCCCCACCCUCACAGACACAACCUCAGCCAGGCUUUUCCAGAGAGAGAGAGACAGUGUUUUCCCAUGAUCCUCCACCCUCACAGACACAACCUCAGCUAGGCUAGGCCUUUCCAGAGAGAGAGAGAGAGACAGUGUUUUCCCAUGAUCCCCCACCCUCACAGACACAACCUCAGCUUUUCCAGAGAGAGAGAGUUUUCCUAUGAUCCCCCACCCACAACCUCAGCCAGGCUAGGCCUUGAGAGGGAGGGAGGGAGAGCGAGAAUGUGUGUUUUGCAGCUGACUAUGUCAACGUUUGUGAGAGUGUAGCUCUAUGGAUUUCUAUUCUAUUCCCGCUGUGUUAGUGUAUGCCCCCACCACCAUGGUAUUUGUGUAUGUGUUUACGUGUGAUUGUGUGUCUCUAGUGUAGAUUAUUACAUGGUGUGUUUACACUGUGUGUUGUGUACUUAUGGCCUCUCUCUCUCUCCCUCACUGGGCUUGCCAUAUGUAUAGACCACUGGUAAUAUACUGUAGGUUGGUCAGCCAUUCACCGUUUGUCUCUAUCUACUUAUUUUGUGCAGUGUCUCUCUCUCUCUCGCUCUCUCUCUAUCCCUCAUCCUUCUCUCCUCCCCCUUUUUUCAGCUUAAAGGCUGUGUGUGUGUGUUGGUCAUCAGCAUUGAACAGGUCACACCACGGGACUGCUGACCCUUCAUCUGACCAUUUUAUGUAGACUUCCACCCACUGUGUUAUGUAAUGUGUAGGCUAUAGGCCAGGGGUCAUCAACUAGAUUCAGCCACGGGCCGAUUUAUUUUCUUGAGCAGAUGGUCGGGGGGCUGAAACAUUAUUACAUAUAAUUUGUAGACUGCAAAUUGACCGCAACAAGCCCAAACAGAUGUAAUAUUUGACUAAAAGAUAACCAUUUCAAACUUUGCUUACAUUUGUAUUCGAUCACGCAUUUCUCUCUUUUUACAAAAUUAAAAUCACUUGGAGCUGAUAGGAUGUUUUUUUUAGUCAUUUAUGUCCAAUAAUAAAAAUAAAUAAACGUUUUAUCAGAAAACUUGGGUGACCAAAUCGAAACAUUUGUCCCGCGGGCCGCCAGUAGAGAGCCCUGCUAUAGGCUAUGAAGAUGUGUUUGGAAUGUCAUCAGAUGUGAUACAGUCAGCUAUAUGGGUACUGUGUGUACUUUCAUUAUAAUAGUGGCUCAAUACACGAGCACAGGUGGAGCAACUGCUGUGUGUGUGUGUUCAAGGACAGAGAGGUGUGUUUGUGUGUGUGUUCUUGCCUCAAUGAGAGCGGUGUCUAGAGCGAGAAGAGAGAUAGAGAGUUGGAGCAGAGAUGUAGUUAACUGGUGAUAGACGGAGAGACAUGAUACAGUAGAAUGAGAGAUGUGGUAGGGAGUAGGAUGAAAGAGAGUGACUAGCGAGAAAGAGCAACCAAAAACAAGGUGUUUGUCACUGAAGUGAAAGAUGACAGAAGGAGAGAGAAAGAAGACAGAGAGAAAGGGAGAGAGGGAGGAAGGGAGGAUAAGAGGGAGAUGGAGAAAAAGUGACAAAAGCUUUAGUAGGUUAACGACACACACACACACCAGCUUUGUAGGCGUUUAUGGGAGAGCUAUUUUGAUAGAGCUGAUAUAUUGUGUGGCGGCAGAGAGUCAUGUUUUAAAUACCUUCUCAUGGGGAGUAAUUACAUGCAGCUGUGUGUGUGAACAACGUAGCGCAAAUUCACUGUUGGCUGUCUGUCUGUCUGUCCCGUCUGUCUGUCUGUCCCGUCUGUCCGUCCGUCCGUCUGUCCGCCUGCCUGCCUUUCUGUCUGUCUGUCUGUCUGUCUGUCUGCCUGCCUGCCUGUGUGUGUCUGUCUGUCUUUGUGUGUCUUUGUGUGUCUUUGUGUGUCUGUCUGUGUGUGUGUGUGUGUCUGUCUGUCUUUGUCUGUCUUUGUGUGUCUGUGUCUGUCUGUCUUUGUCUGUGUGUCUGUGUGUGUCUGUCUGUCUGUCUUUGUGUGUCUGUCUGUGUGUGUGUGUGUCUGUCUGUGUGUGUGUGAGAAAGAAAAACAAGGAGAACCACUGGGUUUUACUAGGGUUUCCUGCAGCCAUUUCAACCAGUCACAAUCAGGAUGAUCCCCAAUACAGUCUGUAUGUGUGUGUGGUUGUGUUUACGUAUGUUUCUUUUUGCGUAUGUCUAAAAUAUCUAAUCUUAGAGAGUGGAACAGAGAGAGGGAGAAAGAGGGAGAGAAAUGCAUUAUUGUGUAAUGAAGAUGCAGUGAGAGGCAUUUAUACUCCUGAGUGGCGCAGUGGUCUAAGGCACUGCAUCACAGUGCAAACUGUGCCACUAGAGAUCCUGGUUCGAAUCCAGGCUCUGUCGCAGCCGGCCGCGACCGGGAGACUCAUGGGCGGCGCACAAUUGGCCCAGCGUCGUCCAGGGUAGGGGAGGGAAUGGCCGGCAGGGAUGUAGCUCAGUUGAUAGAGCAUGGCGUUUGCAACGCCAGGGUUGUGGGUUCGUUUCCCACGGGGGGCCAGUAUAAAAAAAAAAAAAAUAUGUAUUCACUAACUGUAAGUCGCUCUGGAUAAGAGCGUCUGCUAAAUGACUAAAAUGUAAAUGUAAAUGUAAUAUGGAAAUAGGGCACACAGCAACAUGCUGUCAAAAUCACUCAGUCAGGCCAGACACAGAGACACACACUCACUCACAAACAUACCACACACAUACAUUCAAUCUUAUACCUGGAACAUAGAUUAUUACAGUGCAUUAUUUUCUUUGAAAGAUAAAUUAUAUAUUUUCACUUUACUAUAAUUUUUAUGGUAUUAUCUUCAUAUAGCCCUCUUAUGAAAGUAAUUAUAUUGUCUUGUAUUUCCCUGUAUAAGUCUAGUGAACAAAUUCCUGCUUUGUACAUUGUCUCUUAUUUAUGUGGCUGCAAUGAAUGUUUGUGGUCUUGUGGUUACAUUAAACCACACGUGUCAAACUCAUUCCACGGAGGGCCGAGUGUCUGUGGGUUUUCACUCCUUCCUUGUACUAGAUUGAUUAAUUAAGGUCACUAAUUGGUUGUCUAGGUCUUGGUUGUCUAGGUCUUUAAUUGAAAGGAAAAACCAAAAACACAGCAGACACUAGGCCCUCCGUGGAAUGAGUUUGACACCCAUGUAUUAAACAAUGUGGUAAAAAAUAAAUGUUUUAUUGUCACAUACACCAGAUAGGUGCAGUGAAAUCAGCCAUAGUAGUACAGCGUCCCUGGAGCAAAUUAGGGUUAAGUGCCUUGCUCAAGAGCACACCGACAGAUUUUUCACCUUGUUGGCUCGGGUAUUUCGGUUACUGGCCCAACGCUCUAACCACUAGGCUACCUGCUGGUUACUGGCCCAACUCUCUAACCCUCUAGUUGGGUCAGUCAACUCUCUAACCCUCUAACCCUCAACUCUCUAGUGGAACAGGUUGAGAGCUUCAAGUUCCUUGGUGUCCACAUCACAACGAACUAUCAUGGUCCAACCACCAAGACACUCUGAGAUGGCACACAAAGCCUAUUCCCCUCAGGAGACUAAAACGAUUUGGCAUGGGUCCUCAGAGCUCAAAAAAAUCCUACGCUGCACCAUCAGACAUCUGACUGUUGCAUCACCGCUGUUUUGGCAACUGCUUGGCCUCCGGCCCAAGGCCCCUACAGUAGGUAGUGGUACGGCCCAAUUACCAUCACUGGGGCAAACUUCCUGCCAUCCAGACCCCUAUACCAGGCGGUGUCAGAGGAGGCCCUCAAAUUGUCAAAGACUCCGCCACCCUAGUCUAGAGCUCCUCUGCUACCGCCGCAAGCCGUACCGUGAGUGCCCAACUCUAGGUCCAAAGACUUCUCAACAGCUUCUACCCCAAGCAUAAGACUCCUGAAAAGCUAAUCAUGGCUACCCGGCUAUUGCACUGGCCCCCCCCACCCCAUCCUUUUUACGUGCUGCUACUCUGUUAAUAUUUAUGCAUAGUCACUUAAAUCUACCCCAUGUUACAAUACCUCACACCUCAACUAGCCGUUGACUCUGCAACGGUACCCCUGUAUAUAUAGCCUCCCUACUGUCACUUUUUUUACUCGCCUUUUUUCUCACCUUUUUUAUUUUUUUUUUACUUUUUUUGUUUAAAAAAUCACGUUGGUAAGCUUAUAAGCAUUCACGUAAUGUCUGCACCUGUUGUAUUCGGCCAUUGACCAAUAAAUUUGAUUUGAUUGGAAAAACCCGUUAGGCUACCUGCUGGUUACUGGCCCAACUCUCUAACCGUUAGGCUACCUGCUGUACUGGCCCAACUCUAACCAUAGCUACCUGCUGUUACUGGCCCAACUCUCUAACCGCUAGGCACCUGCUGAUUACUGGCCCAAUGCUCUAAACCGCUAGGCUACCUCUGGUUACUGGCCCAACUCUCUAACCGUUAGGCUACCUGCUGGUUACUGGCCCAACCUCUAACCGUUAGGCUACCUGCUGGUUACUGGCCCACUCUCUAACCGCUAGGCUACCUGCUGGUUACUGGCCCAACUCUCUACCGCUAGGCUACCUCUGGUUUCUGGCCCAACUCUCUAACCGCUAGGCUAACCUGCUGGGUUACUAUGCCCAACUCUCUAACAGUUAGGCACCUGCUGGUUACUGGCCAAACUCUCUACCGUUAGGCUACCUGCUGGUUACUGGCCCAACUCCUAACCGUUAGGCUACCUGCUGGUUUACUGGCCCAACCUCUAACCGCUAGGCUACCUGCUGGUUACUGGCCCACUCUUCUAACCGCUAGGCUACCUGAUGGUUACUGGCCCCAACUCUCUAACCGUUAGGCUACCUGCUGGUUACUGGCCCAAUCUCUAACCGUUAGGCUAACCUGCUGGUUACUCUGGCCCAACUCCUAACCGUUAGAGCUCACCUGCCUGUUUACUGGCCCAACCUUACUAACCGCUAGUCUACCUGCUGGUUACUGGCCCCAACUCUCUAACCGCUAGGCUACCUGUGAGUUACUGGCCCAACUCUCCAUCAAACCGUUUAGGCUACCUGCUGGUUACUACUGGCCCAACUCUCUAACCCGUAGGCUACCUGCUGGUUACUGGCCCAACUCUCUAACCGUUAGGCUACCUGCUGGUUACUGGCCCAACUCUCUAACCGCUAGGCUACCUGCUGGUUACUGGCCCAACGCUCAAAACCGCUAGGCUACCUGCUGGUUACUGGCCCACUCUCUAACCGUUUAGGCUACCUGCUGGUUACUGGCCCAACUCUCUAACCGUUAGGCUACCUGCUGGUUACUGGCCCAACUCUCUAACACGUUAGGCUACCUGCUGGUUACUGGCCCAACUCUCUAACCGUUAGGCUACCCUGCUGGUUACUGGCCCAACUCUCUAACCGCUUAGGCUACCUGCUGGUUACUGGCCCAACUCUCUAACCGCUAGGCUACCUGCUGGUUACUGGCCCAACUCUCUAACCGUUAGGCUACCUGCUGGUUACUGGCCCAACUCUCUAACCGCUAGGCUACCUGCUGGUUACUGGCCCAACUCUCUAACCGUUAGGCUACCUGCUGGUUACUGGCCCAACUCUCUAACCGCUAGGCUACCUGCUGGUUACUGGCCCAACUCUCUAACCGCUAGGCUACCUGCUGUUACUGGCCCAACUCUCUAACCGCUAGGCUACCUGCUGGUUACUGGCCCAACUCUCUAACCGUUAGGCUACCUGCUGGUUACUGGCCCAACUCUCUAACCGCUAGGCUACCUGCUGGUUACUGGCCCAACUCUCUAACCGCUAGGCUACCUGCUGGUUACUGGCCCAACUCUCUAACCGUUAGGCUACCUGCCGCCCUCUACCUUUUGCCUGGUUUAUGAGGUUGUGGUUUUCUGGUGUGGUUGUAAACUUUGCUGCUCUAUUGGAGCGGGUAGAAGCCUAACCAGUAGGCCAGGGAAAUACAUUUGUUUAUCAUCUUAAUGGUUGGUAUUAGGAUUAAGGGUUGGGGAAUCUGAUCCUACAUCUGUAGGUACAUGCGACUUCUCUACCUUGAGAUAAUUGCAUUGUGCUACACUCAGACACUAAUACAAGUUUUAAAGAGUUGCACAUGUAUAUUUUUUGUAACAAGACCAUUAGUAACUGCUAUAUUGAUAGCCUACAAUUACUGUGGCUAGGACUGAAUUCUCAAACUAUUUGAUCCCCUGCUGAUUUUGUACGUUUGCCCACUGACAAAGACAUGAUCAGUCUAUAAUUUUAAUGGUAGGUUUAUUUGAACAGUGAGAGACAGAAUAACAACAAAAAAAUCCAGAAAAACGCAUGUCAAAAAUGUUAUAAAUUGAUUUGCAUUUUAAUGAGGGAAAUAAGUAUUUGACCCCUCUGCAAAACAUGACUUAGUACUUGGUGGCAAAACCCUUGUUGGCAAUCACAGAGGUCAGACGUUUCUAGUAGUUGGCCACCAGGUUUGCACACAUCUCAGGUGGGAUUUUGUUCCACUCCUCUUUGCAGAUCUUCUCCAAGUCAUUAAGGUUUCGAGCCUGACGUUUGGCAACUCGAACCUUCAGCUCCCUCCACAGAUUUUCUAUGGGAUUAAGGUCUGGAGACUGGCUAGGCCACUCCAGGACCUUAAUGUGCUUCUUCUUGGGCCGCUCCUUUGUUGCCUUGGCCGUGUGUUUUGGGUCAUUGUCAUGCUGGAAUCCCAUUGCUGGAAUCCCAUUUUCAAUGCCCUGGCUGAGGGAAGGAGGUUCUCACCCAAGAUUUGACGGUAAAUGGCGCCAUCCAUCGUCCCUUUGAUGCAGUGAAGUUGUCCUGUCCCCUUAGCAGAAAAACCCCCCCAAAGCAUAAUGUUUCCACCUCCAUGUUUGACGGUGGGGAUGGUGUUCUUGGGGUCAUAGGCAGCAUUCCUCCUCCUCCAAACACGGCGAGUUGAGUUGAUGCCAAAGAGCUCGAUUUUGGUCUCAUCUGACCACAACACUUUCACCCAGUUCUCCUCUGAAUCAUUCAGAUGUUCAUUGGCAAACUUCAGACGGGCCUGUAUAUGUGCUUUCUAGAGCAGGGGGACCUUGCGGGCGCAGCAGGAUUUCAGUCCUUCACGGCGUAGUGUGUUACCAAUUGUUUUCUUGGUGACUAUGGUCCCAGCUGCCUUGAGAUUAUUGACAAGAUCCUCACGCGUAGUUCUGGGCUGAUUCCUCACCGUUCUCAUGAUCAUUGCAACUCCACGAGGGGAGAUCUUGCAUGGAGCCCCAGGCCGAGGGAGAUCGACAGGUCUUUUGUGUUUCUUCCAUUUGCGAAUAAUCGCACCAACUGUUGUCACCUUCUCACCAAGCUGCUUGGCGAUGGUCUUGUAGCCCAUUCCAGCCUUGUGUAGGUCUACAAUCUUGUCCCUGACAUCCUUGGAGAGCUCUUUGGUCUUGGCCAUGGUGGAGAGUUUGGAAUCUGAUUGAUUGAUUGCUUCUGUGGACAGGUGUCUUUUAUACAGGUAACAAACUGAGAUUAGGAGCACUCCCUUUAACAGUGUGCUCCUAAUCUUUUUUUAUUUUAUUUAUUUUAUUUCACCUUUAUUUAACCAGGUAAACCAGUUGAGAACAAGUUCUCAUUUACAACUGCGACCUGGCCAAGAUAAAGCAAAGCAGUGCGAUAAAAACAACAACACAGAGUUCCAUAUGGGGUAAAACAAAACAAAAAUCAAAAAAAAUACAACAGAAAAUCUCAGCUCGUUACCUGUAUAAAAGACACCUGGGAGCCAGAAAUCUUUCUGAUUGAGAGGGGGUCAAAUACUUAUUUCCCUCAUUAAAAUGCAAAUCAAUUUAUAACAUAUUUGACAUUUUUAAUUUUUAUUCUGUCUCUCACUGUUCAAAUAAACCUAACAUUUAAAUUAUAAACUGAUCAUUUCUUUGUCAGUGGGCAAACGUACAAAAUCAGCAGGGGAUCAAAUACUUUUUUCCCUCACUGUAUAUAUAUAUAUUUGUUCGAAAAAAAACAUAUGGGGGAUUGGAAGUGAUGCAGUCAAUUACAUUGAUGGAAGUUACAAUCUAUCUGCAAUAUUAAAGCUGAUCUACCCCCUAAAAAUAAAAACAAAAAAUAUAUUUGAGAUUCUUCAAAGUAGCCACCCUUUGCCUUGAUGACAGCUUUGCACACUCUUGGCAUUCUCUCAACCAGCGUCAUGAGGUAGUCACCUGGAAUGCAUUUCAAUUAACAGGUGUACCUUGUUAAAAGUUCAUUUGUGGAAUUUAUUUCCUUCUUAAUGCGUUUGAGCCAGUCAGUUGUGUUGUGACAAGAUAGGGGGGGUAUACAGAAGAUAGCCCUAUUUGGUAAAAGUCCAUAUUAUGGCAAGAACAGCUCAAAUAAGCAAAGAGAAACGAAAGUCCAUCAUUACUUUAAGACAUGAAGGUCAGUCAAUCCGGAAAAUGUCAAGAACUUUGAAAGUUUCUUCAAGCGCAGUCACAAAAACCUUCAAUCACUAUGAUGAAACUGGCUCUCAUGAGGACCGCCACAGGAAAGGAAGACCCAGAGUUAGCUCUGCUGCAGAGGAUAAGUUCACACCUUCAGGCUGUGAAAGGGCUAUUUGACCAAGAAGGAGAGUGAUGGAGUGCUGCAUCAGAUGACCUGGCCUCCACAAUCACCCGACCUCAACCCAAUUGAGAUAGUUUGGGAAGAGUUGGACUGCAGAGUGAAGGAAAAGCAGCCAACAAGUGCUCAGCAUAUGUGGGAACUCCUUCAAGACUGUUGGAAAAGCAUUCCAGGUGAAGCUGUUUGAGAGAAUGCAAAGAGCGUGCAAUGCUGUCAUCAAGGCAAAGGGUGGCUACUAGAAGAAUCUAAAAUCUAAAAUAUAUUUUGAUUUGUUUAACACUUUUUUGGUUACUACAUGAUUCCAUAUGUGUUAUUUCAUAGUUCUGAUGUCUUCAUUAUUAUUCUACAAUGUAGAAAAUAGUAAAAAAUUAAAACCUUUGAAUCAGUAGGUGUGUCCAAACCUUUGACUGGUACUGUACGUGUUAGCUAUUAGCAUGCUAGCACAGCCUGAGCCAUUGAACCUGCAUGUUUCUCUGUAUUGUGUUGAUACUGUACGGUGCAGAUGUAAACCCACAGAUGUGUGCAGUGUUAAUGGGAUGAUGUGGCUCUCCUAAUGACAUGGUGAAUGCAGCCUCAGAGGAAGAUGGAGGAUUCAUAGGCCAUGACGAGACACAGCUGCCCACCGCACUAACAUUCCCAUCUCUCUCACUCACUCACUCACUCACUCACUCACUCACUCACUCACUCACUCACUCACUCACUCACUCACUCACUCACUCACUCACUCACACACACACAACCACACACACGCUGCGGUUGAUCUGUCCCAAGACACUUCCAUUGCAGACUGGUUGCUGUGGUUGCAAUGUGUGUACAGUUGCAGCCAUUGAGAAGUUACUUUUCUUUAUAGUUUUUUUUCUAAUGGAGUAUGUGUCAAUGUGUUCAUGUAAAUUCUAUUCUAUUUCAUAUUCUCUCAACUAGAGCAGUAACAUUCCAUGUUAACUGAGAGAUGGCAGGAUGUCAUCGUCUGGAAAAAAGAGAGAAUGAAACAGGGAGAGGUCUUGUAGAGUAAACCAAGGUCUUACACACACCAAAUAUAGCAAUGUAUUCCUGCUACUGGCCUUACUCCAUACACAUAUACACACACACACACGCUUCAUGAGAGAGCAGCAUUCACUUUGUGCCACAGCAGAGCUGCUUUUCAACUGGGUGAGCAUUGGCUAAUAGACAGUCUGUUGGUGCCACACACUUUCCCACUGAGGUAGUAAACAAGCAGUCGAUACAUGUGUGUGUGGUUCAGUAAGCACACACACACACACAGACAGACAGACAAACGCACACACACACACUGUUGGGGAGCUCCAACUGAUUGGAAUGGCUGCAGGAAAAAUGAACAGAAAGUCUGAGACACCUCCCUCCUUUUCCCUCUGUUUGAUUUAAGAUAAAGAGCAGUGGUCACUCUAAACCCCCCCCCCCCCCCUCCCUCUCUCAAUUCAAUUCAAUUUCAAUUUAAGGGCUUUAUUGGCAUGGGAAACGUAUGUUAACAUUGCCAAAGCAAGUGAAGUAGAUAGUAAACAAAAGUGAAAUAAACAAUAAAUAUUAACAGUAAACAUUACACUCAGAAGAUCCAAAAGGAUAAAGACAUUUCAAAUGUCAUAUUAUGUGUAUAUAUACAGUGUUGUAACAAUGUGCAAAUAGAUAAAGUACAAAUGGGAAAAUAAAUAAACAUAAAUAUGGGUUGUAUUUACAAUGGUGUUUGUUCUUCACUGGUUGCCCUUUUCUUGUGGCAACAGGUCACAAAUCUUGCAGCUGUGAUGGCACACUGUGGUUUUAACCAUCAGAUGUAACUAAUCAUCAAGCCCUUGUUUAGUUAAAUCAAGUGUUUUUACGACUGGUCUGGAACAAAAGCCUGCUCACCCUGUGGGUCACCUAGGAUUGAAUAAUACUGUAGUAGGGGCCAUGGUUUACAGAGAGGGUUAACUGAAUAGCUCUACUAUACACCACAUCUUCUUUGUGUCCUAAUGUCUGAUAAGAAGUACUUUGAAAGUCUCUUGGACGUUGCUUUGAACAGUAGUAGCCUUGUAGAGCCAGGGGUCCUAGCCGGAUCACCGUGCGUCAUAGCAGUUCUAGUUAACGCCUGUAAAAAAUCUAAUCCUAGAAAGGGCAACGGGGUGCGUUUCAUAUAAAAAAAACACCAUAAACUGCACAGUUAAGUGAGUAUUUUUUACGUGAACAAGUCUCAGUGCGGGGUGUAGUUGUCGGGAAUCAAGCGAGCACAGCUGAAAAGUUUAUCUUGGCUGAGAGGAGAAGAAUUGACAGAUUGUGAAAGGAAUGGGAAAAUAAACCUUAGGCUUGUCUGAUUGGCGAAGUGGGUUAGUGUGUGUAUGUGUGCGUGCAGACACUCGCUUUCAUGCAUGUGAAAAAUAUGGGUCAGUAGCUGGAGGGACUGAAAACACAAAAAGGACACACAAACACACACUGAUGUCAUCAUCGAGAGACAUGAAAACUAGCUAAAACGUUAUCGAUUGGAUAAGCAGACACACAACCGCUGUAAAAGGUAUUCCUAGAAAAACAUUCCCUGUAGAUUCUGUAAGACUCAGUCUGAAAAUAGCCUAGACACUGACUGCAACAGCUGCUUUCUCCAAACCUCUGGUACCCUGAUCCCUAUAUAGUGCACCACGUUUGGCCAGGGCCCAUAGGCUGCACUUAUAGGUAAUGGGGUGCCAUUUGGGAUGCACACUCUGUCUUAGGCUGUGUAGAAAAGAGACAGCUGAAAAAAUUAUGUAAUAUUAUGACUUCAAUUGUGUUAUUGUUCCCAUAGAUUGGUUGCAGAAAUAAAGGAAGGAUGCAUUUGCAAAGCACUAGAACCGAACAUAACAGAACAGGGCCCCUGUGUCUCACUGGCAUACUGUGCUCAGAGACCCCCUCCCCCACCCCCCUCUCUCUUUCUCUCUCUCUGUCUCUCUCUCGCAAUUCAAUUCAAUUUAAGGGCUUUAUUGGCAUGGGAAACAUAUGUUAACAUUGCCAAAGCAAGUGAAGUAGAUAAUAAACAAAAGUGAAAUAAACAAUACAAAUGUACAGUAAACAUUACAAUCACAACAUUUCCAAAAGAAUAAAGACAUUUCAAAUGUCAUAUUAUGUGCAAAUAGUUAUAGUACAGAAGGGAAAAUAAAUAAACAUAAAUAUGGGUUUUAUUUACAAUGGUGUUUGUUCUUCACUGGUUGCCCUUUUCUUGUGGCAACAGGUCACAAAUCUUGCUGCUGUGAUGGCACACUGUGGUAUUUCACCCAAAAGAUAUGGGAGUUUAUCAAAAUUGGGUUUGUUUUUGAAUUCUUUGUGGAUCUGUGUAAUCUGAGGGAAAUAUGUGUCUCUAAUAUGAUCAUACAUUUGGCAGGAGGUUAGGAAGUGCAGCUCAGUGUCCACCUCAUUUUGUGGGCAGUGUGCACAUAGCCUGUCUUCUCUUGAGACCCAGGUCUGCCUACAGCAGCAUUUCUCAAUAGCAAUGCUCACUGAGUCUGUACAUAGUUAAAGCUUUCCUUAAGUUUGGGUCAGUCACAGUGGUCAGGUAUUCUGCCACUGUGUACUCUCUUUUUAGAGCCAAAUAGCAUUCUAGUUUGCUCUUUUUUAAUGUAAAUUCUUUCCAAUGUGUCAAGUAAUUCUCUUUUUGUUUUCUCAUGAUUUGGUUGGGUCUAAUUGUGUAGCUGUCCUGGGGCUCUGUGGGGUCUGUUUGUGAACAGAGCCCCAGGACCAGCUUGCUUAGGGGACUCGUCUCCAGGUUCAUCUCUCUGUAGGUGAUGGCUUUGUUAUGGAAGGUUUGGGAAUCACUUCCUUUUAGGUGGUUGUAGAAUUUAACGGCUCUUUUCUGGAUUUUGAUAAUUAAUGGGUAUCUGCCUAAUUCUGGUCUGCAUUCAUUAUUUGGUGUUUUACGUUGUACACUGAGGAUAUUUUUUGCAGUAUUCGGCAUGUAGAGUCUCAAUUUGGUGUUUGUCCCAUUUUGUGAAUUCUUGGUUGGUGAGCAGACCCCAGACCUCACAACCAUAAAGGGCAAUGGGUUCUAUAACUGAUUCAAGUAUUUUUAGCCAGAUCCUAAUUGGUAUGUUGAAUUUUAUGUUCCUUUUGAUGGCAUAGAAGGCCCUUCUUGCCUUGUCUCUCAGAUCAUUAACAGCUUUGUUGAAGUUACCUGUGGGGCUGAUGUUUAGGCCGAGGUAUGUAUAGUUUUUUGUGUGCUCUAGGGCAACGGUGUCUAGAUGGAAUUUGUAUUUGUGGUCCUGGCAACUGGACCUUUUUUGGAACACCAUUAUUUUUGUCUUACUGAGAUUUACUGUCAGGGCCCAGGUCUGACAGAAUCUGUGCAGAAGAUCUAGGUGCUGCUGUAGGCCCUCCUUAGUUGGGGACAGAAGCACCAGAUCAUCACCAAACAGUAGACAUUUGACUUCAGAUUCUAGUAAGGUGAGGCCGGGUGCUGCAGACUGUUCUAGUGCCCUCGCCAAUUCGUUGACAUAUAUGUUGAAGAGGGUGGCCCUGUGGAAAGAAAUGUGUGUGUUUUUUGCCAAUUUCUACCGCACACUUGUUGUUUGUGUACAUGGAUUUUAUAAUGUGAUAUGUUUUUCCCCCAACACCACUUUCCAUCAAUUUGUAUAGCAGACCCUCAUGCCAAAUUGAGCUUGAGAAGACUUUGCCUUUGAGCGUGAGAAGACUUUGCCUUUGUUUUGGUUUGUUUGUUUGUCAAUUAGGGUGUGCAGGGUGGUCUGUCGUACGGUAGUUUGGUAGAAAGACAAUUUAACAUUUGCUCAGUACAUUGUUUUCACUGAGGAAAUGUACGAGUGUGCUGUUAAUGAUAAUGCAGAGGAUUUUCCCACGGUUGCUGUUGACGCAUAUCCCACAGUAGUUAUUGGGGUCAAAUUUGUCUCCACUUUUAUGGAUUGGGGUGAUCAGUCCUUGGUUCCAAAUAUUGGGGAAGAUGCCAGAGCUAAGGAUCAUGUUAAAGAGUUUAAGUAUAGCCAAUUGGAAUUUGUGGUCUGUAUAUUUUAUAAUUUCAUUGAGGAAUCCAUCAACACCACAGGCCUUUUUGGGUUGGAGGGUUUGUAUUUUGUCCUGUAGUUCAUUCAAUGUAAUUGGAGAAUCCAGUGGGUUCUGGUAGUCUUUCAUAGUUUAUUCUAAGAUUUGUAUUUGAUCAUGGAUAUGCUUUUGCUGUUUGUUCUUUGUUAUAGGGCCAAAAAGAUUGGAGAAGUGGUUUAUCCAUACAUCUCCGUUUUAUUUGUUUAGAGUUUUCCAAUUUUCCCAGAAGUGGUUUUGGGGGUUUGUAUCAUUUGAUUUACACAACAUGCCUACCACUUUGAAGAUGCAACAUAUAUUUUAUUGUGAAACAAACAAGAAAUAAGACAAAAAAACCAGAACUUGAGCGUGCAUAACUAUUCACCCCCCCCCCAAAGUCAAUACUUUGUAGAGCCACCUUUUGCAGCAAUUACAGCUGUAAGUCUCUUGAGGUAUGUCUCUAUAAGCUUGGCACAUCUAGCCACUGGGAUUUUUGCCCAUUCUUCAAGACAAAACUGCUCCAGCUCCUUCAAGUUGGAUGGGUUCCGCUGGUGUACAGCAAUCUUUAAGUCAUACCACAGAUUCUCAAUUGGAUUGAGGUCUGGGCUUUGACUAGGCCAUUCCAAGACAUUUAAAUGUUUCCCCUUAAACCACUCGAGUGUUGCUUUAGCAGUAUGCUUAGGGUCAUUGUCCUGCUGGAAGGUGAACCUCCAUCCCAGUCUCAAAUCUCUGGAAGACUGAAACAGGUUUCCCUCAAGAAUUUCCCUGUAUUUAGCGCCAUCCAUCAUUCCUUCAAUUCUGACCAGCUUCCCAGUCUCUGCCUGAUGAAAAACAUCCCCACAGCAUGAUGCUGCCACCACCAUGGUGUUCUCGGGGUGAUGAGAGGUGUUGGGUUUGCGCCAGACAUAGCGUUUUCCUUGAUGGCCAAAAAGCUCAAUUUUAGUCUCAUCUGACCAGAGUACCUUCUUCCAUAUGUUUGGGGGUCUCCCACAUGCCUUUUGGCGAACACCAAACGUGUUUGCUUAUUUUUUUCUUUAAGCAAUGGCUUUUUUUCUGGCCACUCUUCAGUAAAGCCCAGCUCUGUGGAGUGUACGGCUUAAAGUGGUCCUAUGGACAGAUACUCCAAUCUCCGCUGUGGAGCUUUGUAGCUCCUUCAGGGUUAUCUUUGUUGCCUCUCUGAUUCAUGCCCUCCUUGCCUGGUCCGUGAGUUUUGGUGGGUGGCCCUCUCUUGGCAGGUCUGUUGUGGUGCCAUAUUCUUUCAAUUUUUUAAUAAUGGAUUUAAUGGUGCUCCGUGGGAUGUUCAAAGGUUCUGAUAUUUUUUUAUAACCCAACCCUGAUCUGUACUUCUCCACAACUUUGUCCCUGACCUGUUUGGAGAGCUCCUUGGUGUUCAUGACCGCUUGCUUGGUGGUGCCCCUUGCUUAGUGGUGUUGCAGACUCUGGGCCCUUUCAGAACAGGUGAAUAUAUAUAUACUGAGAUCAUGUGACAGAUCAUGUGACACUUAGAUUGCACACAGGUGGACUUUAUUUAACUAAUUAUGUGACUUUUGAAGGUAAUUGGUCUUAUUUACCAGAUCGCAUUUAGGGGCUUCAUAGCAAAGGGGGUGAAUACAUAUGCAUGCACCACUUUUCCGUUAUUUAUUUUUUAGUCCCGCAGGUCUGGGAGAGUGUCUGUUGAUCUGUUGCUCCUGUGUGAGGUGUUGGGGCUGCGGUUGAGGGUGAUGUUCUUUAGGGUCCGGGCGAAGGUGGCCACUGCUGCCUUGUAUAGGUGGAGCUGGUCGUAAAGGCUGUUCAAGUCCAGGGUGGAGUGGUGGGCCAGGUAAACUUUUGGUUUUUAGGCACAGUCAUGGGAAAUACUUGCGUUUACCCGCUGUAUGGUUGCAGGGUGGAAGUAUUUUCAUGGUAGCAGGGUGGAGAUAACCACUUGUGCGUUGGGGAAAGUAGUGCUUUGGCCACCCUUUCCUGCUGUGCUCUCAGGUCGUUUGUGCCUGUGUGUAUUAUUAUGUGGCUGGGUGACCCUAGUUGGUCCUCAGACAUAAGGUCUCGGGCACGCUGGGUGUUUGGACACCAGAGUUUAGACAGUGUGUGUUUGGGAAAAAGUUUAUUUUCUUGUACAGUGGGGAGAACAAGUAUUUGAUACCCUGCCGAUUUUGCAGGUUUUCCUACUUACAAAGCAUGUAGAGGUCUGUAAUUUUUUAUCAUAGGUACACUUCAACUGUGAGAGACGGAAUCUAAAACAAAAAUCCAGAAAAUCACAUUGUAUGAUUUUUAAGUAAAUAAUUUGCAUUUUAUUGCAUGACAUAAGUAUUUGAUCACCUACCAACCAGUAAGAAUUCCGGCUCUCACAGACCUGUUAGUUUUUCUUUAAGAAGCCCUCCUGUUCUCCACUCAUUACCUGUAUUAACUGCACCUGUUUGAACUCGUUACCUGUAUAAAAGACACCUGUCCACACACUCAAUCAAACAGACUCCAACCUCUCCACAAUGGCCAAGACCAGAGAGCUGUGUAAGUACAUCAGGGAUAGAAUUGUAGACCUGCACAAGGCUGGGAUGGGCUACAGGACAAUAGGCGAGCAGCUUGGUGAGAAGGCAACAACUGUUGGCACAAUUAUUAGAAAAUGGAAGAAGUUCAAGAUGACGGUCAAUCACCCUCGGUCUGGGGCUCCAUGCAAGAUCUCACCUCGUGGGGCAUCAAUGAUCAUGAGGAAGGUGAGGGAUCAGCCCAGAACUACACGGCAGGACCUGGUCAAUGACCUGAAGAGAGCUGGGACCACAGUCUCAAAGAAAACCAUUAGUAACACACUACGCCGUCAUGGAUUAAAAUCCUGCAGCGCACGCAAGGUCCCCCUGCUCAAGCCAGCGCAUGUCCAGGCCUGUCUGAAGUUUGCCAAUGACCAUCUGGAUGAUCUAGAGGAGGAAUGGGAGAAGGUCAUGUGGUCUGAUGAGACAAAAAUAGAGCUUUUUGGUCUAAACUCCACUUGCCGUGUUUGGAGGAAGAAGAAGGAUGAGUACAACCCCAAGAACACCAUCCCAACCGUGAAGCAUGGAGGUGGAAACAUCAUUCUUUGAGGAUGCUUUUCUGCAAUGGGGACAGGACGACUGCACCGUAUUGAGGGGAAGAUGGAUGGGGCCAUGUAUCGCGAGAUCUUGGCCAACAACCUCCUUCCCUCAGUAAGAGCAUUGAAGAUGGGUCGUGGCUGGGUCUUCCCAAAACACACAGCCAAGGCAACUAAGGAGUGGCUCCGUAAGAAGCAUCUCAAGGUCCUGGAGUGGCCUAGCCAGUCUCCAGACCUGAACCCAACAGAAAAUCUUUGGAGGGAGCUGAAAGUCCGUAUUGCCCAGCGACAGCCCCGAAACCUGAAGGAUCUGGAGAAGGUCUGUAUGGAGGAGUGGGCCAAAAUCCCUGCAGCAGUGUGUGCAAACCUGGUCAAGACCUACAGGAAACGUAUGAUCUCUGUAAUUGCAAACAAAGGUUUCUGUACCAAAUAUUAAGUUCUGCUUUUCUGAUGUAUCAAAUACUUAUGUCAUGCAAUAAAAUGCAAAUUAAUUACUUAAAAAUCAUACAACGUGAUUUUCUGGAUUUUUGUUUUAGAUUCCGUCUCUCACAGUUGAAGUGUACUUAUGAUAAAAAUUACAGACCUCUACAUGCUUUGUAAGUAGGAAAACCUGCAAAAUUGUCAGUGUAUCAAAUACUUGUUCUCCCCACUGUAUAUAUUUCCCAUUUGAGUCCAUAAGGAGUAGAAUCUGUGGCUUGUGUAUAUCCUCAGUGGAUGUCUCUCUCUCUUUCUCUAUCUCUCUCUCUAUCUCUCUCUCUCUCUCUCUCUCUCUCUCUCUCUCUCUCUCUUCUCCUCAUUUGAUACUAGAGCGUAGCAAUUGGCCAGUGUUUUCAGUGUAACAUUUCUAGUGUUGAUUCAGGAGUUAAAUUAAUCUGUGUUUUUGCAUGUACAUUGAUUGAUUAAUUAAUCUUAUGCUACACAAAGAUAAAUAACACACAGUAAUUUCCAUGUAAAAGGGCCCAUGAGUACCAACAUGUGAAGUUAAUAGUAGCAUGUCAAAUUGGAUGUCAAAUUAAAGUUAAGAGUCUAUAUUAUUGAGAAAUUAAGGCAUAUGUAAAUGUUUACAACCAUUUUCCAUCCUAAAAAUUAGGAAGAAGCAAAGGCUUUGAUUUCUGGUCAAACAGAUGGAAAAGGGGUCUUAGAAAACAUCUACAAAAAAUGUCUUACAAGUUAUUAGAAAUACAUCAAAAUACAAUAAUGUUGAAGUAAAGACCCCUGCCAACUAAUAUCCACACUUAUAUUUAGUUUCCGUUACCAUAUUUUCUAAUUUCUCUCCCUCAUGAAGAGGGAGGAUAAUUAAUGUUCACAGAAGUAACAAGUAAAGGUAGACCUAUCAAUUAAUUAUUUUUAUUGAUAUCAAUUUUGUUUCUGAUUUAUUAAGUUACCAAAUCGGUAAUGGAAUUUCAGACGAAUCGGUAAUGCAAUUGAAUUGGCUACAAUGGGAAAUCAUAGUAGUCACAAACCACAGUUGGGUUCACACGUUUGGACAGUACAGCACAGUAGAGUACAGUAAAGAAUGAAAGUACAGUACAGAAUGUAGAAAUGUGCUGUUUUCACAUACAGUAUGUAGACACUGGUAUUGUGCUGGAGAUAAUGAAAAUGAGGUUGGAAAGUGGUGGAAUUGCCCUUUAAAACAACACCCAAAAUGACUUCCAGUAACAGUGUUUUUGUUUAACACUAAUAGGAGUUAACUCUAGAUCAAUACAAGUAUAUUUCACUCUGUCAGACAAUUCACCUCCUAUAGUAAUAAAGUCCCUCUCAGGCAAAUCUAGAUGAUAAUUUCAUUAAUUAUCUUUGUUGAGUAAUUCCAACUCAUUAACAUAGCCACUCAGGGCAUUUCACUACUAAAGCCUCAACGCAUUGUCUCGCAUUUACUAAGGAAGCCAGAAAUGCCACAUCACUACUCGUUUGCGUCCCAAAUGGCACCCUAUUCCCUAUGUUGUGAACUACUUCUGCCCUAUGGGCCCUGGUCAAAAGUAGUGCAGUACACACUGAGUAUACCAAACAUUAAGAACACCUUCCUAAUAUUGAGUUGCCCUCAGAACAGACUCAAUUUGUCGGGGCAAAUUGGACAAGUUGGCUGGAUGUCCUUUGGUUGGGUGGACCAUUCUUGAUACACAUGGGAAACUGUUGAGCGUUAAAAAAAAAACAGCAGCGUUACAGUUCUUGACACACUCAAGCCGGUGCGACUGGCACCUACUACCAUACCCCGUUCAUGGAAAUAGUUAUUGUUUUGUAUACUCAGUGUAUAUGGAAUAAGGUGUAAUUUGCAAUGCAACCCCGUCACAUCCUGUGUCCCUCUCUCACUGACAAACUGACCGGCAGGAUGACAAGAUGAUCAAUGAUCAAAGCCCAUCAAUAUACUUCCUGAAUCCCGGGGGGAUGGGGGGUGCGCUGCUGGUAUCGAUUGGCCGUGUCUGGUUUCAUUAUUGUCGAGUGGGAUUGAAAGGAUGGGGUCAGUUCCUCCUGCCAGUAACUGUGUGUGUGUGUGUGUGUGUGUGUGUGUGUGUGUGUGUGUGUGUGUGUGUGUGUGUGUGUGUGUGUGUGUGUGAGAGAAGUGGAACGGAGGGCAGUUUGAUCUCCUAAUGAAUAACUUCCUGUGGAGUCGUUCCAUGUCAUUUCAGCAAGCCAUGACAACCACCAUCACAGAUUGUUCUGAAAUCGUUUAUGUAGUUAGAAACAGAUAAGAUUAGCAUUCCUUCAACAUUAUUUUGUUGGAAUUUCAUUUGAUCUCUGAGAAAUAAAGCUAAUUUGAUUGCACCCAAACUGGCCAUUUUGAUUUGUAAGAUUCACAUAAUAUUCAAUAAAUAUAGUAACCAAAAUCGGAUUUGGACUAAACUUCUUCUUACCAUUAAGUAAGACAUGAGGAAUCCAAUAACAUUUUCAAAAGCCACCCACGGACCCCCCACAUACCACUCCAUUCUCCCCAACAACCAGUAUACAGUAUAAAUUCACUAUGUCUGACAAGUAGUAUGGAGCUGUGGCUUGGAAUUUUGCUUCUUCAUCCUAUUUAAAUGUAUUCCCUGUUAAUCUGGUGAUGUUUCCCCCCCCCCCCCCCCCCCCCCCCCUGUUCAGAUAAAUUAGCUAUUGUAGUCGCUUGCAUUAUUUGCUAUAAAGUUGUGUGAAAGUACAAAGUUUUGCCCACUAGAUGCCACUGUUCCUGCUACUGCCACACCCUUUUAUAAAUGUUGCUGGUCUCUUGUGUUUAUUAAAUGGAUCACAACAUUUUCUUUGCAACUUUGGGUAGGAAACCAAUAGCUUUUGCUCAUGAUAAAAUCAAUUGUGUGGUCAUCCUCACAAUAAUAAUAAUAAUAAUAAUAAUAAUAAUAAUAAUAAUAAUAAUAAUCCCUUCAAGAAAGGUCUGGAUUAGUUAGACCGUUCCUGGUGAACAAGCAAACCAAUUUCUCUGAACAGGGGGAAAAACAUCACCAGAUUAACAGGGAAUACAUUACAAAGGAUGAAGAAGCAGUACUCCAAGCCGCAGCUCCAUACUACUUGUCAGUCAUAGAGAACUCAUACUGUAUACUGGUUGUUGGAGUAGGAUUGAUGAGGGGUGUGGGCGGUCCGUGGGUGGCUUUUAAUCAUUUUAUUGGAUUCCUCAUGUCUUAUUCAUUGUUAGGAAGAAUUACAGUCCAAAUUGGAUGAUCCGUACUAUAUUUAUUGAAAAUUAUAUGAAUCCCUUCAAUUAAAAUGACCAAUUUGGGUGAAAUCAAUUAGUUUAAUUUCUCAGAGAUCAAGUUAUAUUUCAACAAAAUAAUAUUUCAGAAGUGCUAAUGUUAUCUGUUUCUAACUACAGAAACGAUUUCAUCACAAUAUGAGAUGGUGGGUGUCAAUCCUCUUUCUUGUGCUUUUUGAGGUGGAAUGACCCUGUGACGUCAACCUUUACCCUACUGAGCAUGUUACAGGCCAUUAGAUGGUUGCCAGUGCACUGGUUUGGGUGUGUGUGUGUGUUUAUUGAAUUGAGAUGUGUGUGUGUGUGUGUGUGUGUGUGUGUGUGUGUGUUGUAGGCUUAAAAACACCACUUCUCUGUAAGUCAGGUUUAGGGAUGGAUUCCUAUUCAGUAAAGAGGAAGAUGAGAUUGUGUGAUAUGAUAAGAGAGUGCAAAUGAGAUUUUCAUCAAACGUCAGGCAGCUUAGUUUGAAGAAAUGCUUGAGGUUGUGUGUCUGUCUUUAUUUUAUUAUAGUGUCAUGCACAUGGGCUUAUAAGGCUGUAUGUCAAAUUGUGGCAUUGAAGGGGUUUAUGUGUUUGUUCAUCUCUGGUGUGUGUGUGUGUGUGUGUUUUCAUCCAUUGGAUUUUGUGUGUGGUUUGAAGUGGAAGUUCAGUGGACUCGUGUGAGUUCUUGUUUGCUAGUAUAUGGUAUACAUGUUGUGUAUAUGAUAUGUGAAUAAACGUUUGAAUGCACUGUAUAGUCUCUUUGUGUGUGUCUUUAAAUGCGUGCACAUUCAAAACCUUUACACACACAUGCGUGUGCGCACACCCACACACUAAUGAGUGUGACCGACUUCACCCCCUUCUCUCACACACGUCUGGUAACGGCAUUGCGGUGUCUCAAGCAGCAUUUACUGCCCUGGAGCUGCUGGGAGAUUGUAUGUGUCUGUGGAUGGGGAUGGGAGGUGAAUUAAAUCUGGGUUGCAGAAAGGUUUUCCUCAAGUUUGUGCGUGUGCGCGACGUGCGUGUGAAUAUGCAUAUUUAUACCAGUAAUAGUUUGAGAAUGUGUGAAAAUAUUGACGUACUGUGUGUGCAUGUACAGUGGGGCAAAAAAGUAUUUAGUCAGCCACUAUUUGUGCAAGUUCUCCCACUUAAAAAGAUGAGAGAGGCCUGUAAUUUUCAUCAUAGGUACACGUCAACUAUGAAAGACAAAUUGAGAAAAAAAAAUCCAGAAAAUCACAUUGUAGGAUUUUUUAUGAAUUUAUUUGCAAAUUAUGGUGGAAAAUAAGUAUUUGGUCACCUACAAACAAGCAAGAUUUCUGGCUCUCACAGACCUGUAACUUCUUCUUUAAGAGGCUCCUCUGUCCUCCACUCGUUACCUGUAUUAAUGGCAUCUGUUUGAACUUGUUAUCAGUAUAAAAGACACCUGUCCACAACCUCAAACAGUCACACUCCAAACUCCACUAUGGCCAAGACCAAAGAGCUGACAAAGGACACCAGAAACAAAAUUGUAGACCUGCACCAGGCUGGGAAGACUGAAUCUGCAAUAGGUAAGCAGCUUGGUUUGAAGAAAUCAACUGUGGGAGCAAUUAUUAGGAAAUGGAAGACAUACAAGACCACUGAUAAUCUCCCUCGAUCUGGGGCUCCACGCAAGAUCUCACCCCGUAGGGUCAAAAUGAUCACAAGAACGGUGAGCAAAAAUCCCAGAACCACACGGGGGGACCUAGUGAAUGACCUGCAGAGAGCUGGGACCAAAGUAACAAAGCCUACCAUCAGUAACACACUACGCCGCCAGGGACUCAAAUCCUGCAGUGCAAGACGUGUCCGCCUGCUUAAGCCAGUAAAUGUCCAGGCCUGUCUGAAGUUUGCUAGAGUGCAUUUGGAUGAUCCAGAAGAGGAUUGGGAGAAUGUCAUAUGGUCAGAUGAAACCAAAAUAGAACUUUUUGGUAAAAACUCAACUCGUCGUGUUUGGAGGACAAAGAAUGCUGAGUUGCAUCCAAAGAACACCAUACCUACUGUGAAGUAUGGGGGUGGAAACAUCAUGCUUUGGGGCUGUUUUUCUGCAAAGGGACCAGGACGACUGAUCCGUGUAAAGGAACGAAUGAAUGGUGCCAUGUAUCGUGAGAUUUUGAGUGAAAACCUCCUUCCAUCAGCAAGGGCAUUGAAGAUGAAACGUGGCUGGGUCUUUCAGCAUGACAAUGAUCCCAAACACACCGCCCGGGCAAUGAAGGAGUGGCUUCGUAAGAAGUAUUUCAAGGUCCUGGAGUGGCCUAGCCAGUCUCCUGAUCUCAACCCCAUAGAAAAUCUUUGGAGGGAGUUGAAAGUCUGUGUUGCCCAGCGACAGCCCCAAAACAUCACUGCUCUAGAGGAGAUCUGCAUGGAGGAAUGGGCCAAAAUACCAGCAACAGUGUGUGAAAACCUUGUGAAGACUUACAGAAAACGUUUGACCUGUGUCAUUGCCAACAAAGGGUAUAUAACAAAGUAUUGAGAAACUUUUGUUAUUGACCAAAUACUUAUUUUCCACCAUAAUUUGCAAAUAAAUUCAUAAAAAUCCUACAAUGUGAUUUUCUGGAAUUUUUUUUUCUCAUUUUGUCUGUCAUAGUUGACGUGUACCUAUGAUGAAAAUUACAGGCCUCUCUCAUCUUUUUAAGUGGGAGAACUUGCACAAUUGGUGGCUGACUAAAUACUUUUUUCCCCCACUGUACGUGUGGCUGUCAGCCCACCACAUAGUUCAGGUUAAUAAGUGUGUUCCUCCAGUGCUGUAACCUUCACACAGCUGGUACCAACAAUCAAUAACAAACAAGCAGGAAAUGAAGAAUGUCUUCAUUCUUUCACUCCUUCUAUCUCCUCACCUGUCCCUUAUAUUUUCCUGUACACUUUGAUUUCCUGUGAAGUUAUUAGAGGCUAGAGGGCGGUUCUGUGGGAAAGUCAACCUAAGCAUGCCCAAAUAAAGUUAGUCAUUUGCAAAUGAAACCACAUUCAUAAUUAUCCUGAAGGUUUAUAUGUUGGAGUUCAGCUUUAUUUGAAACAUUUAAUUAGGACAUUUUAUGAAUUUCUGCCAUUUCUAAAAGAAAAGGGCUAAUUUCAUGGCCUUUUGAAAGAGCUCACAGAGCUUGUUUCUCCACUCACAGCUGUCCCCCAGUGUUGGUUAUGAAAGUGAGAUGUUAAUGAAGCAAUACAGACCUAAUUGAAGUGUCUACAGUCAUGAAAAGAUAGGGGGUGACUUUUUCUCCAACUUGCCAAUAUUGAGAAGUCCACUUUCUUCGGUAACAGAUUGAGGGGAAAGACACAGAGAGGUUGUGUCUAAGGGCAGUAGACCGAAAUCAGUCUGCAUAUUACUCUAAUCUCCAAAUAAGCAGACGUCUAGUCUACAAGAAUGUCUACAUGUAUUUCUUAUCUAAUGUUUCUCCCUAAUUCAGUUUGAGGACUGCUUCUUGCCUUUGUGCACAUAGUGAAAGCACAGUAGAAGAGAAUAGAGUCCACUGCAAGACAAUGCAUGGGGGAGACUAGGGAAUUGGCUGUGGAAUGUGCAAUAGAAUCUAUGUGGAAUUUAAUAAAUUGGAGUGUAAAAUGUGACAGAAUGCAGUCUAGCAUGUAGAAUAGAAUGUAGAUUGUGGACUAGAAUACAAUGUCAACUUAAAUAGAAUGUAGAAUGUGGACUAGAAUACAAUGUAAACUUGAAUAGAAUGUAGAAUGUGGACUAGAAUACAAUGUAAACUUGAAUAGAAUGUAGAAUGUGGACUAGAAUACAAUGUAAACUUGAAUAGAAUGUAGAAUGUGGACUAGAAUACAAUGUAAACUUGAAUAGAAUGUAGAAUGUGGACUAGAAUACAAUGUAAACUUGAAUAGAAUGUAGAAUAUGAAAUAGAAUGUGGAAAUUAAUUAAAACUCUUAGUCCUGUGAGGAAAGGUUUGAGACCCAUUACAUCAUUUUGGGGAGUACAAGAAUACCAGUGUGCCUUAGUUUCUUGUUCUGAAUGUUCCUCUAUGAAGGAACUACCCAAGGUGUGUGAACAAACACCGCUCUUUUUUAAAUCACUUUUUAUUUUGUUUUCUCAAACUUACAGAUUGCACCUUUAUCUAAAGGCUCUUGUUAGUGAGCACUGGCCAGUCACCUCAUAUCAGCUCACACCUGGUCCAACCUAAAGGACUCAUACACUCUUAUACAAUCAGUGUGUUUACACAUGAGGGAAGUGUGAGUGAAUGUGUGUGUGUGUGUGUGUGUGUGUGUGUGUCUGUCUCAGAGUGUUGUUCAUGUGAAGAGUGUGAGGGGUGUUUAUGUGAAGAUUAAAUGUGGGUGUGUGUGUUUGUAAGCUUUGGGUGUGUCAAGGAUGUGUAUGUGAAUAGUAGGCCUGUGCUUGAGAGAGUUGUUUAUGUGGAGCGUGUGUGUGUGUGUGUGUGUGAGAGAGAGAGCUAUAUCGUCUGGUGUAUUCAGUGCGUUGAUAUGUCUCUGUGUGUGUGUACAGUACAGUAGGGGAGUGUGUUUGAUCCCUAUCUACCCCAUGAUUGUCCACAUCAGCUGUCAAUCACUCUCUGUGAGUGCAAACUAAAGCCCCUCCCCCCUGCUAUGAUGGAGUGGUAGUAGUGUUGUUAUGAGAGAUGUUGUCGUGCCCUAUGCUAGGGACAUAUACCAGAUGCCUGUCCUGUUGAUUUUUGUACGCACAGUGUGUGUGUGUGUGUGUGUGUGUGUGUGUGUGUGUGUGUGUGUGUGUGUGUGUGUGUGUGUGCGCCUGUGUGUGGAGUAAAAAAAUAGUAUUUCUCCUGAGGAACUUUACCUCCUAAUGCAACAACUUCUACCUCAACAACCCAGUAGUUUGAAACCUGGAACACAUUUGACUUGUCAUUUGUUAUUUCGACAAGUCGAAGAGUUUGGAAAUGUGCCUUGUUGAACGUAGCCUUGUGUUGCAGAGUUCCAAAUCUGGCACUACUUUCUUCAUGCUGUACAUUCCAAAGCUGGCGAAAGUUUUUACUAAUUUCUCUUUUAUUUUCGGAGGGAGAGAGAGGGAGAGUGGCUUCGAAGGUCAUGGGAAAACGAGUCCACAUUGCAUGCUAAUCUUAGCCCUGUAGAAGUCCCACAUCCCAUAGAAAAACAUAGAAGAAAAGUAUCCUGGUCCCAGAUCUGUUUGUGCUGUUUUGCCAACUCCUAUGGUAAUUGUGAUGUGGCUAAGGCCCAAACAGAUCUGGGAUCAGGCUAGAAGAAAAGGGUUUCUAUAUUGUGUCUCUUUGUACUUAAGUGUCUAUCAUGAUCAUGUGCUCAACACAUCUGAUGCAACGAUAUAGAAAGCUUGUUGUGGAAUUAAGUGUGAUUUCAAUUACAAAAAACUUCACAAAGAAGAAGAGAAAUAAUCAAGUUAAAUUGGAAAGCAUACAAUUAUAAAGACUGUGUCUUGGUGCGUGAUGGCUUACAGUCUGUCUCUGUCUUGUGUCCACAGCAUGUGGAGAGGCUUGAAUGUAAACUGUACAGACAGUUCAGGGUACACACCCCUCCACCACGCAUCACUGAACGGACACAGGUAAGAGUGUGUGUGUGUGUGUGUGUGUGUGUGUGUGUGUGUGUGUGUGUGUGUGUGUGUGUGUGUGUGUGAAUGUGGAGAGUGGCUGGUGGGGGUGAGGAAUUGUGUGCUUGCAUGCUUGUGAGUGUAAUGCAAUGUGAUUGCCUUUACCUGGCAUGCACACACACACACACACACACACACACACACAUACACACACCAGGGCUGGGCGAUAUAUCAAAUUAAUUUGAUUAAUUUAAAUUUAUGUUUUUCCGCGAUAUUCCAAAUGCCUGUAUCGCAAGAAUCAAGGUUUGUAGAUUUUUCUGAGCGUUUAUAUCUGCUUGUUGUAUUUUUGGUCUCAUCUCCUUCUCUUCUGCUGUGACCGUGCACCUUCCCAUUCACACACACACACACACACAGACUUGAAAGCCAGAUCAGUGAUUAUUGCAAAAAAGCAGGUUAAACUGUUUUCAUAAAAUAAUUACAAUAUUAGUGGUUCUUAUGGUUGUGGAGAGCUUACAGUUGAAGUCGGAAGUUUACAUACCCCUUAGCCAAAUACAUUUCAACUCAGUUUUUCACAAUUCCUGACAUUUAAUCCUAGUAAAAAUUCCCUGUUUUAGGUCAGUUAGGAUCACCACUUUAUUUUAAGAAUGUGAAAUGUCAGAAUAAUAGUAGAGAGAAUGAUUUAUUUCAGCUUUUAUUUCUUUCAUCACAUUCCCAGUGGGUCAGAAGUUUACAUACACUCAAUUAGUAUUUGGUAGCAUUGCCUUUAAAUUGUUUAACUUGGGUCAAACGUUUUGGGUAGCCUUCCACAAGCUUCCCACAAUAAGUUGGGUGAAUUUUGGCCCAUUCCUCCUGACAGAGCUCGUGUAACUGAGUCAGGUUUGUAGGCCUCCUUGCUCGUACACGCUUUUUCAGUUCUGCCCACACAUUUUCUAUAGGAUUGAGGUCAGGGCUUUGUGAUGGCCACUCCAAUACCUUGACUUUGUUGUCCUUAAGCCAUUUUGCCACAACUUUGGAAGUAUGCUUGGGGUCAUUGUCAAUUUGGAAGACCCAUUUGCGACCAAGCUUUAACCUCCUGACUGAUGUCUUGAGAUGUUGCUUCAAUAUAUCCACAUAAUUUUCCUUCCUCAUGAUGCCAUCUAUUUUGUGAAGUGCACCAGUCCCUCCUGCAGCAAAGCACCCCCACAUAUUGAUGCUGCCACCCCCAUGCUUCAAGGUUGGGAUGGUGUUCUUCGGCUUGCAAGCAUCCCCCUUUUUCCUCCAAACCUAACGAUGGUCAUUAUGGCCAAAGAGUUAUAUUUUUGUUUAAUCAGACCAAAGGACAUUUCUCCAAAAAGUACGAUCUUUGUCCCCAUGUGCAGUUGCAAACCAUAGUUUGGCUUUUUUAUGGCGGUUUUGGAGCAGUGGCUUCUUCCUUGCUGAGCGGCCUUUCAGGUUAUGUCGAUAUAGGACUCGUUUUACUGUGAAUAUAGAUACUUUUGUACCUGUUUCCUCCAGCAUCUUCACAAGGUCCUUUGCUGUUGUUCUGGGAUUGAUUUGCACUUUUCGCACCAAAGUACGUUAAUCUCUAGGAGACAGAACCCGUCUCCUUCCUGAGCGGUAUGACGGCUGCGUGGUCCCAUGGCAUUUAUACUUGCGUACUAUUGUUUGUACAGAUGAACGUGGUACCUUCAGGCGUUUGGAAAUUGCUCCCAAGGAUGAACUAGACUUGUGGAUGUCUACAAUUCUUUUUCUGAGGUCUUGGCUGAUUUCUUUUGAUUUUCCCAUGAUGUCAAGCAAAGAGGCACUGAGUUUGAAGGAAGGCCUUGAAAUACAUCCACAGGUACACCUCCAAUUGACUCAAAUGAUGUCAAUGGCAAUGAUCAAUUAGCCUAUCAGAAGCUUCUAAAGCCAUGACAUCAUUUUUCUGGAAUUUUCCAAGCUGUUUAAAGGCACAGUUAACUUAGUGUAUGUAAACUUCUGACCCACUGGAAUUGUGUUUCAGUGAAUUAUAAGUGAAAUAAUCUGUCUGUAAACAAUUGUUGGAAAAGUUACUUGUGUCAUGCACAAAGUAGAUGUCCUAACCAAUUUGCCAAAACUAUAGUUUGUUAACAAGGAAUUUGUGGAGUGGUUGAAAAACGAGUUUUAAUGACUCCAACCUAAGUGUAUGUAAACUUCCGACUUCAACUGUAUAUUUAGCCAAGGUAUAAUUUCAGAAGCCCUGAAUUCAUUAGAUUAUUGCUGACUGUUUGAAAUGCAGUGUAUUGACCUUUAAUUGUACAACAAAGCUUAUUUAGAGAAAGCAUUUUAAAAAAUCAAGAUGUAUAUCGUGAAUCACCAAUACAUUUGGAAAAAAUAGAGAUUUUUAUGCCAUAUCGACCAGCCCUAACUCACACACACACACACACACACACACAAACACACACACACACACACACACACACACACACACACACACAAAUCCCUUUUCCCACUGUUGGAUUAAGAUGAGUCUGACGGCUAGCCCUGCUCAGCCAAACUGUCGGAUUAACACUGUGCUUUGGAGGCAAUUAUGUGGAUUUCCUUCUUUAGAAAAGCUGCAGUAGAGCAGAGAGAGAAGGAGGGAGAGAGAGAGAUAAAGGGAGAGCGAAGGAGGGAGAGAGAAGGAGGGAGAGAGCGAAAAGUACAGUCUCCAAGUGAAAAACAAGGUCACCAACACACACUUAGAGAAGUGAUUUAGAAGUUUAGAUGAGGGGGGAAGAAAGAGGGAACUACCAAUUUAACUGUAAACUUUUAGACGCUUGAAUUUUGACAAUGUAUGCAUCCUAAAUUGCACCCUAUUCCCCAUAUACUGUAGUAGUGCACUAUAUAGGGAAUAGGGUGCCAUUUGGGACACAAACAAUGUGAACGUGGCGUUCUAAAAGGUGAAGCAACAAACUGUAUUCUUUCAAUGUGAAGAGUGAAUUUCAGUCCAGCUAAUGCUAUUAAUGAUUUUAAUCUACAUAUAAACAUUCAGGGUAGCCUUGGUUAUGCAGCCAUUAUGAUUCGGGCCAAGUAAAGUACUCAUGAUUUUCUCUCUCUCCCCCCUUCUCGCUCUGUUUCCAUUUUCUUUCUUUCUUUCUCUCUCUCCCUCUUCUUCUUUAUCUCUCUCCCCUUCUCCCUCUCUCUCCCCUUCUCCCUCUCUCUCUAUCCCCUUCCGCUUCCCCCAUUCUCCCCCAUCCUCCCCCCUCCCCCCCCUUCUCAGGGACGUGGUAUUGAAGUUGCUCCAGUUUGAAGCCUCCACCAACGUGGCUGACAGUAAGGGCUGCUUCCCCUUGCACCUGGCUGCCUGGCGGGGGGACGUAGACAUCGUCCGUAUCCUCAUCCACCACGGGCCCUCACACUGCCGCGUCAACCAGCAGGUGAGGAGGGAACACACAGCACACUCUAAUACUGGACAACACACUGUUCUGUUCUGCACUAUACUGUUCUAUACACUGUUCUGCACUAUCAUGAGAAUGGGUAAAUGUGUGGACAGUGUGUUUUCACACAUACGUGUCUGUAUUUGUCUGUGGCUGUGUAAAUCAGUGAGAGAUGAUUUACUCAAGAUUGUGUGUGUCUGUGUCUGUGUCUGUGUGUGUGGAGCUACUGUAUAUCUUUGGCACUACACUGCCUGAACCAGAAACUACACCCUGCAUAUAUUACACUAGUCACCAAGAUAUAGUGCCCACUAAACAACACACUCAUCAUCAACACUAACAGCGCUGGGCCAUUCUCUACACAUUACCCCACCUGAAUUAUAUUACACACACACCAUUACUCAUGUCAGAGCGGAGUGUGUGUGUGUGUGAAUGGAUUGCCAUGCUGGUGUUUACUACAGUUUUAUUGGAGGAAUCAGGAGCAUGCAGGAGUAACAUUUUGAAGCAGUUUGGUUUUACUAUGGAGAAAGAUAGGGGGAGAGAGAGGAAGGGGAGAGGGAGGGAGAGAAGAGUAGAGAUAGAGAGGAGGAAGGUAGUAAAUGAGGGAAGAAGCAAGGAAAAGGUAGAAUGAGGGAGGUAGAGGUAGGAAUAGAGGAGGGAGGUAGAGGGAAAGAAGAAGCAUGCUAGACAGAAUGAGAGAGGGGUAAGAGGAGGAUAGAAAGUGAUAGAGACACGAGAGAGGGAGACUGAAGGAUGGAGGUAGAGAGAGAUAGAUAGUAAACAGACUAGAAGGUGUGUCAGUUCUAUUAGUGGUAGGUUAUGGGAGGUUAUUGGAGGUUAUGGGAGGUUAUUGGAUGGUUGUAAAGCAGGCAGAGCCCACUGUUUACUACUGGGUACACUGAACACACAUGUACACUGAACACACACACACACAAACACCGUACACAAAUUCAUGCACACACACAGAGCUUUUUAUGCUAUGCUUAUGUGGCAUUAACAGGAGAGCGUGUUGUGUCAGUUCACAAAUGCUUUCAUUUGAGUAAUUGUUUAUAAUGUAUACGUAUAAAUUCUGUGUGAAUAUGCAGGUGUCUGUGUAUACUUGCGUGUGUGAGUGUGUGUGAGUGUGUGUUCAUGAGUCAGUGAGCCGUAACCAUUGAAUUGACCAAUCUCUGCAUGCAUUAGGACAUGGCUCUACUAGCAGAAAAUCAAUGGAAGCUCAUUCAUGUUAAGUGUCUCUUGUUGGAAAACAAACCCCUCUUCUACCACAGGGGUUCUCAACCUCGGUCCUGGUUCCUCCCCCUGGGUGCACAGUGGUUCUCAACCUCGGUCCUGGUUCCUCCCCCUGGGUGCACAGUGGUUCUCAACCUCGGUCCUGGCUCCUCCCCCUGGGUGCACAUUUCAUUUUUUGCUCUAGCACUACACAGCUGAUUCAAAUAAUCAAAACUUGAUGAUGAGUUGGUUAUUUGAAUCAGCUGUGUAGUGCUAGGGCAAAAACCCAACCUUCACCCAGGGGGAGGGGGACCUAGGACCGAGUUUGGGAAACCCUGUUCAACUCCUUAUACACCUCAGCAACACACAAACAGACAAACACACAGACGCCACAUGCACACGUGUGUGUAACCAUGUCCUCUCUAGGUCCCUCUAUGCUGCAGACAGGAAUGUUUUCUUUUCCAACAGCAGGGGGACGGAAAGAAUACACCAUUCACUUUCUCUCCCUCUCUUUCUUCUGACUCUGAGAGAGUCUCAUUAAGAAAUGCUAGACGGAAGGAAAGUAGUGUGGAAAUCUACCAAAAAACUAUUAGGCAACAACAAAUUCAAUCCCUUCUAGACAAUAUGUUUCACUGUAAUACAUUUACAUUUUAGUCAUUUAGCAGACACUCUUAUCCAGAGCGACUUACAGUUAGUGAGUGCAUACAUGUUUUGUUUUUUUCAUACAUGCCCCCCGUGGGAAUCGAAACCCACAACCCUGGCGUUGCAAGCGCCAUGCUCUACCAACUGAGCUACAUGGGGCCUGUAAACUUGGCAGUAGAAAACUUAAACAGUAUGUUUGACCUCUCAGCUUCCCUAUCAAAUCAAGAAAAUUAACAACAAUGACAAAUAGUUUGAUGAAGAAUACAAAAACCUAAGAAAGAAAUUGAGAAACCUAUCCAACCAAAAACAUAGAGACCCAGAAAACCUGAACCUACGCCUUCGCUAUGGUGAAUCACUAAAACAAUACAGAAAUACACAACGGAAAAAGAAGGAACAGCAUGUCAGAAAUCAGCUCAAUGUAAUUGAAGAAUCCAUAGAAUCUAACCACUUCUGGGAAAAUUGGAAAACUCUAAACAAACAACAACACAAAGAGUUAUGUAUCCAAAACGGAGAUGUAUGGAUAAACCACUUCUCCAAUCUUUUUGGCCCUAUAACAAACAAACAGCAAAAACAUAUACGUGAUCAAAUAAAAAUAUUAGAAUCAACUAUUAGACUACCAGAACCCACUGGAUUCUCCAAUUACAUUGAAUGAACUACAGGACAAAAUACAAACCCUCCAACCCAAAAAGGCCUGUGGGGUUGAUGGUAUCCUAAAUGAAAUGAUAAAAUAUACAGACCACAAAUUCCAAUUUGACCCCAAUAACUACCGUGGGAUAUGCGUCAACAGCAACCUUGGGAAAAUCCUCUGCAUUAUCAUUAACAACAGACUCGUACAUUUCCUCAGCGAAAACAAUGUACUGAGCAAAUAUGACCGACCGCCUUGUCUUAUGUAGCAAAAUUUGAAAUUGUGUUUUUUACAUUGGACACAGAGCUACAAAAUGGUAUAUCAUACACUGCAUUUAAGGGAACAAUGGGAAAGGAAUUCUGCUUUGAAAGUUGAUCUCACUUUUGAGAAAAUGUCCUUUGAAUGUUUUGGUACCUACUAAAGAGCUCUUCUUUGUCUACACCCAUUCAGCAUCAUUCACACCCUCUUAAGCUUUAGCCCCACCCAUCUCGUUUCGCUCUCGGAGCGUUCAGAGCGCACACUUGAUGCUCUGGCCGAUGAGUAGGGUUGAUCCGAGCGUUCUGACCUCACAACAGCAGUCAAGCGCCCAAGCUAACUGGCUAACAUUGGCUAGCUAGCUACGUCCAGACACAAAAUUGGGAUUAUGGUUCAUUGUUUACCUCUGGAUAAAAGGAAAACAGCAAUUUUACUCACCCUAGCAGAGAUGGUUAGGCUGUUUUCAUGUUAUCCAGAGCGUUGGUGACUAACUGUGCUGCUGGCAACAUUUUAAUUAUGCUUUUUUGGUGACAUUUAUUCAACGGGUGUUGUGCGUUCGUAAAUUCAUCAGUUAUUCUGCGCUCUGGCAUACUCUGACUGAAUUUACGAACGCACCCGAAAUGGUUACUUGCAUAGUGGAGUCUUUUGUUAAGAUAUGUAGCUAGCUAGCUACGUAAACAAUUAACCAUAAUCACAACUCAGUACGUUAGCACCCUGCAUGAAUCUGCAGAUAGCUAACCAACCAGGUUCAAUGUUAGCAAGCAAAUGGCUCUGGGAUAGGAGUAAGAUUGUACAUGUAAUGUUAGCUAGCGAGCCAGCCAGCUAACGUUAGCUAGCUAACAGUACACUUUAACUUGAAAUGAAACCACUUUCUGUCAAAAUUAGAAACGUGUAAUAUCUGAAAAUGUAGCUAGCUAGACUAUUUUACCCGUAUACAUCAUGCAUGAUGGACAAGUCUCCCUGUCACGGUUGCCCUUAGUUUGAAGAUCCAGAGACAGGUGUUUUCUCCACCUCUUUAGCUAUCAUACUCUAAUUCCACUGAUUUCAAAACUCGAUCCUCCAGAAAGUGGAGAGCAGUACUUAUGCAGCUCCACUACACGAUACAUUUAAAAAAAGCUGUGUUAGACAGUAUUACCUACACAUACUGACCAGCUCAAAUAGACAGAAGUGUGCUAUAUGGCAGACCAAUCCGAACUCCUCUCUCGGCAUGUCCAGCCCACUAGCCAAUCAUGGCUAGUGGGAAGGUUGCUGUCUUUUUCUGUGACUUAACAGACUAGGCUCGUAAUUUAACAAUUCUAUUCGUAUUUACAGAUGGCAUACUAGUUUGUUAUUAAGGCACAUGAAAGUUCACAUGUUGCAGAAGGCAUUUCUGCCAAAAAAAAAAAAAUAUCGAUAAAAAAAAAGUUUAUGUUCAAAUGGCUUUCCUGUGAAGUUGUGACCCGCUACAUACGCCUAGUUUCCUGAAAUGAGUCACAAAUAUCAAAUUGGCUUUUUACCAAAUUACCGUUGGACAGACCACGUAUUCACGCUGCACACUCUAAAUGACAAACAAACAAAUCAAAACAAACGCAAAGUCUUCUCAUGCUUUGUUGAUUUAAAAAAAGCUUUCGACUCAAUUUGGCAUGAGGGCCUGCCAUACAAAUUGAUGGAAAGUGGUGUUGGGGGGAAAACAUACGACAUUAUAAAAUCCAUGUACACAAACAACAAGUGUGCGGUUAAAAUGGGCAAAAAACACACAUUUCUUUCCACAGGGCCGGGGGGGUGAGACAGGGAUGCAGCUUAAGCCCACCCUCUUCAACAUAUAUAUCAACUAAUUGGCGAGGGCACUAGAACCAACCAAGAAUUCACAAAAUGGGACAAACACCAAAUUGAGACUCUGCAUGCAGAAUUCUGCAAAAACAUCCUCAGUGUACAACGUAAAACACCAAAUAAUGCAUGCAGAGCAGAAUUAGGCCAAUAGCCGCUAAUUAUCAAAAACCAGAAAAGAGCCGUUAAAUUCUAUAACCAAGCGAUUCCCAAACCUUCCAUAACAAAGCCAUCACCUACAGAGAGAUGAACUUGGAGAAGAGUCCCCUAAGUAAGCUGGUCCUGGGGCUCUGUUCACAAACACAAACAGACCCCACAGAGCCCCAGGACAACAACAACAACACAAUUAAACCCAAACAAAUCAUGAGAAAACAAAAAGAGAAUUACUUGACACAUUGGAAAGAACAAACAAAAAAACAGCGCAAACUAGAAUGCUAUUUGGCCCUAAACAGAGAGUACACAGUGGCAGAAUACCUGACCACUGUGACUGACCCAAACUUAAGGAAAGCUUUGACUAUGUACAGACUCAGUGAGCAUAGCCUUGCUAUUGAGAAAGGCCGCCGUAGGCAGACCUGGCUCUCAAGAGAAGACAGGCUAUGUGCACACUGCCCACAAAAUGAGGUGGAAACUGAGCUGCACUUCCUAACCUCCUGCCAAAUGUAUGACCAUAUUAGAGACACAUAUUUCCCUCAGAUUACAGCGAUCCACAAAGAAUUCAAAAACAAACCCAAUUUUGAUAAACUCCCUUAUCUACUGGGUGAAAAACCACAGUGUGCCAUCACAGCUGCAAGAUUUGUGACCUGUUGCCACAAGAAAAGGGCAACCAGUGAAGAACAAACACCAUUGUAAAUACAACCCAUAUUUAUGUUUAUUUAUUUUCCCAUUUGUACUUUAACUAUUUGCACAUUGUUAAAACACUGUAUAUAUACAUAAUAUGACAUUUGAAAUGUCUUUAUUAUCUACUUCUGAGUGUAAUGUUCACUGUUAAUAUUUAUUGUUUAUUUCACUUUUGUUUACUAUCUACUUCACUUGCUUUGGCAAUGUUAACAUACGUUUCCCAUGGAGGGAGGGAGGGAGGGAGGGAGAGAGGGAGAGAGGGAGAGAGGGAGAGAGGGAGAGAGGGAGAGAGGGAGAAGACUGCUGCUGUAACUUUAUAGGGGGAUAAAAUACCUAAAGAGGAGAAUGCCGACACUUCCAGCUUUUCACCAGGUGCAACAUUGCCCUCUCUGUGAGCCAUGACAUAGGUCAGAGGUCAUGAGUGUGAGCUGAGGUCACUGCCUGUGGGGGGUGUGUGUUGUACAUUGCCACAGCAUUUUUAAAUGGAACCAUAUGCUUCCUGGCAAAUUCCCUUUUGGAAUACUGGGAACGUGUGAAAGUUCCCUCUCAGGUGAAAACAGGGAGGAUAUGCCCAUCCUAAGAUCUAGUGUGCUGUUUGUGUGCGUGCGUGGAGGAUCUCUCUCUCCCAGUGCUAAUGCCAGAGAGUGUGAGAGAUGGGUCAAUUGGCUGUGAAGUGUUAGCCACAAGAGAGCUUCUCUCUCUCAGUCUUCCUCUCUGUCUUGCUGUUCUCUUUUUUCCCUUGUUCCUCACUCCCUCUUCUCUCUCUCUCUCCCCCUCUUCUCUCUUCCCUUCCUCCCUCCCUCUCUCUCUCUCUCUCUCUCUCUCUCUCUCCCUCAAUCUAUUGCCUAUCAAAGCUGUCUUUUUAAAACUCAUCUUCUUAAUUUCUCUUUUCCAUCUCGCUCGCUUUCUCUCCACCCCCCUUCUCUCUCUCGCUCUCUCUCUUUCUUUCUCUCUCUCUCUCUCUCUCUCUCUCUCUCUCUCUCUCUCUCUCUCUCUCUCUCUCUCUCUCUCACGCACAGACACACACACUUUUAAAAUGUUGCUUAGUUUGUUUACCUAGCUCCUCCUGGAUGUUCAUGUAAAUGUUAGCGUUAAUGCUAUGCAGCAGGGUAAACGGUGCCUGGUGCUCUCAGACAAAUCGGUGGUUACACAGUGGCUGUUCAAACAAGCACCCUUGUCCCACCGCCCUCUGAUUUCAUCUUCCCAGGGAUAGCCUGAAAUUACCUGUUUAUUUAAACGCCUCUAGCUGUGUAUUUAUCCUUUUGUAGAUUAGCUAGGAUAGCAGUGUGUGUGUGUGUGUGUGUGUGUGAGAGAGAGAGAGAGAGAGAGAGAGAGAGAGAGAGGGAUUCUGUGUGUUUGUGUGUGUGUCUGUAUGCCUGUACAUGUGUACGUUUCUGUGUGAGAACAGGCUGCAGUGAAAAUGAACAAGCAAAACUGUUUCUGAUCAUUGCCUGUACAGUAUAUAAUCGAUAAGCGCUAUAAAAACAUGCUGUAUCCCAUACAUUCAUUAUAAGAUUAAUCGCUAGUCGUGAGGCGUUCCACAAAUCACAUCGCUAGUUUUGAGCAUUUUAUGAACAAUCAUCAUGUAUAACAUCCGUGUACCAAAAGACUCAACACAAACAUUAUGACAGCCAGGUAUUGGUGUGUUAAUAGCAGCAGGUGGCUGUUGCUUAUGGCUCAUUCAGCAAUAAUGCUCUGUCUGCUGGCUGAUAUCGGUAAGCCGUCAGAGCUAAUGGAAAUAUAUUGGCUUCCUUUGACAACAUGGAGCGACGGUUCCCUGUCUCUAUCCCACCCUCUCUGUAUCAGCAGUGCGCACAGUUCUGUUCUGGAAGAUUCCACUAUAGCAAGGGGUGGAGGGGGGAUAGAGCGGGGAACAGAGCGAUUUGAUUGGCCCGUCAGGCACAGCGCUGUAGCACGCUGUAGUGUUUUUGCCCCCUGCGUCGGUGAGUAUGUAUUUACUGUGUGGGUUUGUGUCUUGUACCCUUUUUCCAUCACUUUUCUCUCUCUCUCUCUCUCUCUCCUUCUCCUCUCCUCUCUCUCUCCUCUCUCUCUCCUCUCCUCUCUCUCUCUCUCUCCUCUCUCUCUCCUCUCUCAUCUCUCUCGUCUCUCUCUCUCUCAUCUAGGGGCGCUCAUUCGAUGGCAUUGCUCCCCUCUCCUCUCCAGGAGAUGACUGCAGGCAGAGUAAUGAAGAUGGGGGAGAAGAGAAGAGGGGAGUGCUCGCGCUUAGGAGAGAGCAGGCACAAAAGUGGGAGGAGAGGUGUGUGUAUUCAGAGUGAUGAUGUUCAGACCAGGGGAGAAGCAUAGCGUGCUGAAUGUUGGUGUGUGUGCGUACGUUCAUACGUGCCCGUGUGGGUGUACCUACGUUCAUACGUGCCUGUGUGUGUGUGUACCUACGUUCAUACGUGCCUGUGUGUGUGUGUGUGUGUGUGUACCUAUGUUCAUGCGUGCCUGUGUGUGUGUGUGUGAAUGUACUGUGUUCCCAUGCCCAGCUCCAGUGAGCCAGAGUAGAGUUAGUUAGAUUAGCCGGUCCCCCCCCCCCCCCUUCUUUCUCUUCUCCCAAUGCUGGAUUGUAUUAAAGUUAGGGAUUCACACACACACACCACACACUACACACUACACACACACACCACACACACACCACAAACACACACUGAAUUAGGAGGAAAAGGAUGUUUCCUCUCUUAAUUCAACCAGCACAUACUUUUCCAUUCCAUCUCGUGUCCACAAAGAACCCUGGUGUGUCUGUGCCUGUGUGUCAGAGUGUCUGUGAGAGGGAGAAACAGAGAGAGAGUGUGUGUGUGUGUAUAUAUGUGGUGUGUGUGUAUAUGUGGUGUGUGUGUGUGUUUGCGAGUGUGUAGUAUACAGUAUAAACAGCAUGCUUGUGGAACCAGUCAUCCCUCUCUGUAGUGCUCUCCUGCUGUGCUCUGUACUACCCUGUAUGGCUGUGUCCUCUACCCUGUAUGGCUGUGCUCUGUACUACCCUGUAUGGCUGUGUCCUCUACCCUGUAUGGCUGUGUCCUCUACCCUGUAUGGCUGUGUCCUCUACCCCGUAUGGCUGUGCUCUGUACUACCCUGUAUGGCUGUGUCCUCUACCCUGUAUGGCUGUGCUCUGUGCUACCCUGUAUGGCUGUGUCCUGUACUACCCUGUAUGGCUGUGUCCUGUACUACCCUGUAUGGCUGUGCUCUGUACUACCCUGUAUGGCUGUGUCCUCUACCCUGUAUGGCUGUGUCCUCUACCCUGUAUGGCUGUGUCCUCUACCCUGUAUGGCUGUGUCCUGUACUACCCUGUAUGGCUGUGCUCUGUACUACCCUGUAUGGUUGUGUCCUCUACCCUGUAUGGCUGUGAUCUGUACUACCCUGUAUGGCUGUGUCCUCUACCCUGUAUGGCUGUGUCCUGUACUACCCUGUAUGGCUGUGCUCUGUACUACCCUGUAUGGCUGUGUCCUCUACCCUAUAUGGCUGUGAUCUGUACUACCCUGUAUGGCUGUGCUCUGUACUACCCUGUAUGGCUGUGUCCUCUACCCUGUAUGGCUGUGUUCUGUACUACCCUGUAUGGCUGUGUCCUCUACCCUGUAUGGCUGUGCUCUGUACUACCCUGUAUGGCUGUGUCCUCUACCCUGUAUGGCUGUGCUCUGUACUACCCUAUAUGGCUGUGCUCUGUACUACCCUGUAUGGCUGUGUCCUCUACCCUGUAUGGCUGUGUCCUGUACUACCCUGUAUGGCUGUGCUCUAUUGCAGUCAAUACUGUACCACUACCGUGUUCCACUGAGCCUGAGAUCCUAAUGCAGAAACCUAAAUCAACCCCAUUGCCUAUAGACACUCCUGAAAGGUAGAAGCAAUUUGUGAAGCAAUAUGGCAAUUAUGUCACCAUGUCUUUUGAUAGACUGGCUGGCCUUUUUACCAUAUUGUGAAAGUAUUCUACAGAGUGCCCUGAUAUUAUCCUGACCAUGUGACCUGACAAGGAGGUUGUGUGGUACUGACCAUAGACCAGGGAUGGGCAAUGGUCCCCCCUCCACCACCUGGAGAGCAAAACAUUUUAGCAGCCCCCCUCUUAUUUCCUGCAAUUCUACACAUUUUGCCAAUAUGAUAUCUAAGUGAGAGUGACUAACAAAAGGGGGGCCACCAGUUGCCCAUCCCUGCCAUAGACGGACAACAGGGGGUGAUAGAAGGCUACUGUGGGCAGCUCUAGGACAGGUUAAUUGGGUUGAAGAGAAGAACACUGCCCUGGAGAUUCAGGAGAGUCCUCUGGUAAACUGUAUGUGUGACAGUAGAGUUUGUCCCACACAGUAGAUGGAGCUAUGCAUGCAAGAUCUCACAGACAAUGAGGUCAACAUAAUAGAUGUAUCCAUAUUGUAAAGCGAUACAUUGUUUGUUUACUAAGACAGUUGCUCCCCCCUGUAUACAGAACCAUGAGAGUGAGACAGCGCUGCACUGUGCGGCCCAGUACGGCCACUCUGAGGUGGUGUCCAUCCUACUGCAGGAGCUGACAGACCCCACCAUGAGAAACAGCCGCAACGAGACCCCCCUGGACCUGGCCGCACUCUACGGACGACUUCAGGUGAGGAUGGACCACCCCUUUGAGUAACGUUCCUCUCUAGGUUUCUUUGUUCUACAGAGUUUCCCCAAGCCAAUGUGCCUCUGCCUCUGAUUCUGCUUGGGGGGGGGCUUUGACUAGUUUCAUUAGUUGUGCUAGUUCAGGACUAUAACAAAAUACACUAUAUAUACAAAAGUAUGUGGACACUCCUUCAAAUGAGUGGAUUCGGGCUAUUUCAGCCACACCCAUGCUGACAGGUGUAAUAAAUCGAGCACACAGCCAUGCAAUCUCCAUAGACAAACAUUGGCAGUAGAAUGGCCUUACUGAAGAGCUCAGUGACUCAACAUUGCACCGUCAUAGGAUGCAACCUUUCCAACAAGUCAGUUUGUCAAAUUUCUGCCCUGCUAGAGUUGCCCCAGUCAACUGUAAGUGCUGUUAUUAUGAAGUGGAAACGUCUAAGAGCAACAACGGCUCAGCCGUUAAGUUGUAGGCCACACAAGCUCACAGAACGGGACUGCUGAGUGCUGAAGCAUGUAGCGCGUAAAAAUAGUAUGUUCUUGGUUGCAACACUCACUACACAAAAUACCUUUGAAAACAACGUCAGCACAAUAACUGUUCGUCGGGAGCUUCACGAAAUGGGUUUCCAUGGCCAAGCAGCCGCACACAAGCCUAAGAUCACCAUGUGCAAUGCCAAGCGUCGCCUGGAGUGGUGUAAAGCUCGCCGGCAUUGGACUCUGGAGCAGUGGAAAUGCCUUCUCUGGAGUGAUGAAUCACGCUUCACCAUCUGACAGUCCGACAGAUGAAUCUGGGUUUGGCGGAUGCCAGGAGAACACUACCUGCCCCAAUGCAUAGUGCCAACUAUAAAGUUUGGUGGAGGAGGAAUAAUGGUCUGUGGCUGUUUUUCAUGGUUCGGGCUAGGCCCCUUAGUUCCAGUGAAGUGGAAUCUAAAUACUACAGCAUACAAUGACAUUCUAGACGAUUCUGUUUCCAACUUUGUGGCAACAGUUUGGGGAAGGCCCUUUCCUGUUUCAGUAUGACAAUGCCCCCGUGCACAAAGUGAGGUCCAUACAGAAAUGGUUUGUCGAGAUCGGUGUGGAAGAACUUGACUGGCCUGCACAGAGCCCUGACUCCAACCACAUCGAAGACCUUUGGGAUGAAUUGGAAUGCCAACUGCGAGCCAGGCCUAAUCGCCCAAUAUCAGAGUCUAACCUCACUAAUGCUCUUGUGGCUGAAUGGAAGCAAGUCCCCGCAGCAAUGUUCCAACAUCUAGUGGAAAACCUCCAUAUUAAUGCCCAUGAUUUUGGAAUGAGAUUUUCGACAAGCAGGUGUCCACAUACCAUGGAGUGACGCGGCUUGUGGUCCUGAGGGUCUUGUUGUAUGUAAUACUGUAGUAGCCGACAUGGGACUGUAGCCGACAUGGGACUCAAAUAACUACACAUUUAGAUCUUGGAACUCAUGUCCUCUGGGCUUGAACCUCCCUCUCCUCCCCUCCACCCUCUCUCUCCUCCCCUCCCCUCCCCCUCUUCCCAGGUGGUCUGUAUGUUGGUGACCGCCCACCCCAACCUGAUGAGCAGCCACGGGACAAGGCGCCACACGCCCCUGCACCUGGCCGCCCGCAACGGGCACCACUCAGCCGUGCACACCUUGCUGGAGGCCGGCAUGGACGUCAACUCCCAGGUCAGCGGUCUAGGGGUCAGGGUCACUGUGGAGUCGGUGUUGAGGGGGUAGGUGGAUGGGUUAGGAGGGGGGUGAGGAAUGAGGUCGUAGGUUAGCUUUUAUUCUGCAGGUGUGUUGUUAGAUUGGAGGGUCACUCUGCGUUUAUACUUCAAUGCAACAUGUUCUUCUGUAGAGGGAUGUGAAGAGAGGAGAGCUAAAGGUCAACUCAACAUUGAAGGAAAACUCCACCCCAUCUUUUGGUAUUUGUUUCAUUACUCCAUUGUUGACAUAGUCCGAAAAUGUUUUGCUUGUCAGCAAUCAAGCUUUCAAGAUAUGUAACUUUCAAAAUACAGAAAUCAUCCUUGUAUGAUUCAUUUUGCAUCAUAUGAUGCAUCAUACGGGGACAAUAUCUAUACUCAGAGGUAGUCCUGGUUAAAUCAGGCUUCAGCUUUGUUUGUUACAUUUCUCUUCCCUCCUGCAGAUGUUGCUCCAAGACGAGAGCUUAGUGCCAGUAAAUCUGACCGUCUCUUUAGCUCAAGAUACCGCUCCCUCCUCUCUCCUUGUAAUAAAUGUUUAAAGCCUGUCUCCUGUGUUUUUAAUGAGUUAGUACAGUAUCUAAGGAUAAUCUUCCUUCUACUCAACCUCUUUCUGAAUGGUAUUGCGGCAAUAUUAGCAGAACUAAGCAACACACAGCAACGCAUAGCAACAGCAACACACAGUGUGUGUGUGUGUGUGUGUGAGGGGCGGUCGGAGUAGGUCAAGAAUGAGUUUGAGAUGUGUGUGUUGUCUUCAGCACUCAAUGGUCAUACAUACAGUAUUGCACUGUGUGUGUGUGAUUGCUUCAGAUACAGAACACGUGUGUGUGUGUGUGUGAGGUGUAGAAUGAUGUGGUGAUUGAAAUAAGUGAAUAUUUGAAGGGGAACAGAGAGAGAGAGAAAAGAGAGUAGUAAGGGGUGUUCCUGAGUUCACACACCCUCUCUCUACUCCCCUCCCUCUCUCUCUCUCUCCUCUCUCUCUCUCUCUGCCUCCUCCCCUUCUCUCUCUCUCUCUCUCUCUCUGCCUCCUCCCCUUCUCUCUCUCCUCCCCUCCCCUCCCCUCUCUCUCUCUCUCCUCCCCUCUCGCUCUCUGCCUCCUCCCCUCCCCUCUCUCUCUUACUCCCUCCUCCCCUCUCCUUCUCUCUCUCUCUUCUCCCCUCCUAUCUCUCUCUCUCUCCAUCUCUCUCUCCUCCUCUCUCUUCUCUCUCCUCCUCUCCCUUUCUCUCUCUCUCCCUUUCUCCAUCUCUCUCUCCAUCUCUCUCUCUCUCUCUCUCCAAAGCUACACUGUCAUAUUUGUCAGAUCUGUGCUUUGACAUUAAGGAGUGGAAGGAACGUACACGUCCCACAGAUGGUGGGGUUGUUGUAAAUAGCAGUGUGUGUGUGUGUGUCAGUGCCUAGUAAAAUAAUUACAUUCAAGCCCAUCGUUCGAAUGAAUAAUGUAUAAGGAUAUCUCUCUCUCUCUCUCUCUCUCUCUCUCUCUCUCUCUCUCUCUCUCUCUCUCUCUCUCUCUCUCUCUCUCUUUCUCUCUCCUUUAUCUCUCAUUCUCUCUCUCCAUCUCUCUACUGAUGAGGGGAUUCCCUAUGGAGAGACCUGCUGCUCUGUAGGCAGGUAGAGAACCAAGGGCAAAAGUUGAGCCCAUGGAUAUAAAACAACCCCCCCCCCCCCGACACACAAACACACACCUUUAUACUUCUUCAAGCUGUAAAGUAUGUGAAGUGAAUCUGAAACUAACUGAGAGUCAAACUGUAUUGAAAGGCCCCGAGUGGCACAGCGGUCUAAGGCACUGCAUCACAGUGCUGAGGCACCACUACAGCCUGGGGUUCAAUCACAGGCUGUGUCACAGCCGGCCAUUACCGGGAGCCCAAUAGGGCGGUGUACAAUUGGCCCAGCACCGUCAAGGUUAGGGGAGGGUUUGGCCGGGGGGCUUUCCUUGGCUCAUCCUGAUCUAGUGACUCCUUGUGGCAGGCCAGGCGCCUGCAUGCUAGUUCUGAGCGAUUAAUCGACAUUUCUUAUUUUUUCUGGUUAUUAAACAACUAAUUGACCGACGUCGGUUCAAUUACUUGAAUUCCAUUUAGUUCAGGUUUUUUGUGAGCCCAACAUGCCAUUUCUCUAAAGAGAAAUCAAAUCAUUCACGAGAGAAAUCUAAGAAAUCAAGUCAAGAACUAUGUGGGACGCUGGGCUGAAGGGAGUUGUGGUUUUCAUUAAGCAAAUAUUCAAUCUAGAUCAGUGCAGAAACGUGGUAAUUAACUACACUGACCAUAAUCCAUUUCGGCAGUUUUUUCCAGAUCAGAGAGGAACAAGCGAAGCGAGAGGUUUCACUCUCGCCAAAAUCUGUCCAAAAUAUGCCUAAUGUGUUUCUAUGGGCUUAUUUUGGACCUAAACUUGUCGCCUACCUUCCCGCCUUUGGGACUACGACACCCAUUGUUAGGGCGGAGACGUGCGUCGCGUCAUUGUAUACAGGUCUCUGGAUAGAGACAAUGGAAUAUUUUCAAUGUUUUGGCAAUUGAAUGUUCACUUUUUGGCUUUGGAAUUUCCAUAAAAAAGCUCUAAAAUCAUUGUAAUUUCAUAUUACAUUUAAUGUAAAGAAAAUAAUAAUCCGAAAACUGUGAUUAUUUUUGAAUAAUCAAACCGAACCGACUUCAAAAAGCACUAAUCGCUCAGCACUACUGCAAGCUGACUUUGGUCAUCAGUCGAACAGUGUUUCCUCCGACACAAUGGUGUGGCUGACUUCCAGGUUAAGCGAGCAGUGUGUUAAGAAGUAGCGCGGCUAGGUGGGUCAUGUUUUCGGAUUUGCAGCGAUGAGACAGGGUCGUAACUAGCAAUGGGAGAAAAUAGGUUGAAAAACUAUAAAGAAAGGCCCAACACCAAAGAAAGAAAGGCCCAACACCAAAACAAACCCCCCCCUCAGUCUUCAGUCAAACAGCCACCUCAAUUCCUGAAAGCGCAGCGAGAGUGAAUCGAUUUCCUCAUUUUCCGGUGACAUCACCAACUAAUCGCCAUGGGAAAUGACACAGGAAAGGGUUUGAGGGGGGAGUGGGGGAGGGUCCGGCGGUUUGGUUUCCUGUCCCUCGAUGUAUGUGUGUGUGUUCCCUCCAAACUCAUCGCCCAGUCACCUCUAGUUCCAUGUCACCGUGGGUUGUGAAACUUUUUGCCUGUUCUCGAUUUGGAUCUUUUUACGUUUUUGACCUGGUCUUCUGGGUUCUGUGGUAUUGGAUGUUCACAUGCCCUUUCAUUGGCAUCUUUGACCUUUGAACCGUAAGGGUCAGUCAGACUCACCUGGAUUGUGUGUGUGGGAACACAGGAGGUGCAGUUCUGGGUUUUGAUUGGUCGAUGUGUUGGAUUUUUGGAGUCUUUCUUAGCUGCGUUGAUAAUACCUUGGUGAUAGAGGAAAGAGAAGGUAUAGUACACACACACACACACACACACACACACACACACACACACACACACAGCAGGCUUGUUGAGUUUAGUCACAAGGCAGGAGCCUGGCUGGGUGUUAGUCUGAGAGAUCCAGCUAAGGUCAGAGGUACUGUAACACACAGGGAGUGUGUGUGUGUGUCUUUGUGUCUCUGUGUGUUUUUAAAAUGCUUGUCUAAGUAAUCACAGUUACUGUACACUAAAUAUUUGAUGGCUAUGAAAAUCCCACAAGUUGACGUCCUCUCCCACAGUUUCUAUGCAAAGCAAUGUAUUCUACAGGGGCUAAUGCGCACUAGCAUCCAGGCCAUAUGGAGCGGGAGGAAACUGGGGUUUGUAUUUGUAAUGGGACGUUUCCACAUGGGGCUCUGUGUACAAAGAGUUAUCUUGUGCAAUGUCUUGAAAUCAAUGUUUUCUUUCUAUCUUCUUCUCUCUUUCUUCUCUCUCCCGCAUCACUCUCCCCUCUCUUGCCUUCGAUUAUUUGGUCUCCUCCUCUUUCUCUCUUACCCCCCCCCACCUCUCUCUCUUUCUCUCUCUCAGACGGAGAAUGGCAGUGCUCUCCACGAGGCAGCUCUCUAUGGGAAGAUGGAUGUGGUUCGGCUGCUGCUAGACUCAGGUGGGUGUCAUGAGGGAGUCCAUGUACCCCCCCAUACCUCUGUCCUUGUUCCUGUUCUUAUGUGUACGUGCCUGUGUGCAAACCUGCCCCAUGUAUUUACCCCAAUACUGCUGCUAAUCUAUCUAACAGUAUGUACAUGUUCUGUUCUGGAGAUAUCAGCAGCACUAGAGAUCCGUCCUGCCAUAUUUAGUAAUCCACUGUAUUGAUGCUAUUCUGGGUUGGCUAACACAGUGUUAGCUCAAGGGCUCCGGGAUUAGUUGAAUAAGGUGUGUUAGGUGCUGGGCUGGAACAAAAAUGUGCGCCCCCCCCAGAGGUCAGUCAGAAACUUGAGAAACACUGGGCUACGAGUUAGAUGCUCAUCCUGGGUCCGUUUUUCAUUUCCCCCACUAGUGGUUAAGGCUAGGAUUCAUGGAGGGAAAGCUGAUCCUAAAUCUGUACGUAGGUAAACUUCACCCCAGAAGCAGGGUAUAUAAUGUACACAUGCUAUGUAUAGAAGCAAUAUAAUCAUGUUUCAUAGCUGUGCUGUCAUGCCCCUCUGUGUGUGUGUGUGCAUAUAUAUAUAUAUAUAUAUAUAUAUAUAUAUAUAUAUAGAGAGAGAGAGAGAUGUGUGUGUAUAUAUAUAUAUAUAUAUACACACAGUGGGGAGAACAAGUAUUUGAUACACUGCCGAUUUUGCAGGUUUUCCUACUUACAAAGCAUGUAGAGGUCUGUAAUUUUUAUCAUAGGUACACUUCAACUGUGAGAGACGGAAUCUAAAACAAAAAUCCAGAAAAUCACAUUGUAUGAUUUUUAAGUAAAUAAUUUGCAUUUUAUUGCAUGACAUAAGUAUUUGAUACAUUAGAAAAGCAGAACUUAAUAUUUGGUACAGAAACCUUUGUUUGCAAUUACAGAGAUCAUACGUUUCCUGUAGGUCUUGACCAGGUUUGCACACACUGCAGCAGGGAUUUUGGCCCACACCUCCAUACAGACCUUCUCCAGAUCCUUCAGGUUUCGGGGCUAUCGCUGGGCAAUACGGACUUUCAGCUCCCUCCAAAGAUUUUCUAUUGGGUUCAGGUCUGGAGACUGGCUAGGCCACUCCAGGACCUUGAGAUGCUUCUUACGGAGCCACUCCUUAGUUGCCCUGGCUGUGUGUUUCGGGUCGUUGUCAUGCUGGAAGACCCAUCCACGACCCAUCUUCAAUGCUCUUACUGAGGGAAGGAGGUUGUUGGCCAAGAUCUCGCGAUACAUGGCCCCAUCCAUCCUCCCCUCAAUACGGUGCAGUCGUCCUGUCCCCUUUGCAGAAAAGCAUCCCCAAAGAAUGAUGUUUCCACCUCCAUGCUUCAUGGUUGGGAUGGUGUUCUUGGGGUUGUACUCAUCCUUCUUCUUCCUCCAAACACGGCGAGUGGAGUUUAGACCAAAAAGCUCUAUUUUUGUCUCAUCAGACCACAUGACCUUCUCCCAUUCCUCCUCUGGAUCAUCAAGAUGGUCAUUGGCAAACUUCAGACGGGCCUGGACAUGCGCUGGCUUGAGCAGGGGGACCUUGCGUGCGCUGCAGGAUUUUAAUCCAUGACGGCGUAGUGUGUUACUAAUGGUUUUCUUUGAGACUGUGGUCCCAGCUCUCUUCAAGUCAUUGACCAGGUCCUGCCGUGUAGUUCUGGGCUGAUCCCUCACCUUCCUCAUGAUCAUUGAUGCCCCAUGAGGUGAGAUCUUGCAUAGAGCCCCAGACCGAGGGUGAUUGACCGUCAUCUUGAACUUCUUCCAUUUUCUAAUAAUUGCGCCAACAGUUGUUGCCUUCUCACCAAGCUGCUUGCCUAUUGUCCUGUAGCCCAUCCCAGCCUUGUGCAGGUCUACAAUUUUAUCCCUGAUGUCCUUACACAGCUCUCGUCUUGGCCAUUGUGGAGAGGUUGGAGUCUGUUUGAUUGAGUGUGUGGACAGGUGUCUUUUAUACAGGUAACGAGUUCAAACAGGUGCAGUUAAUACAGGUAAUGAGUGGAGAACAGGAGGGCUUCUUAAAGAAAAACUAACAGGUCUGUGAGAGCCGGAAUUCUUACUGGUUGGUAGGUGAUCAAAUACUUAUGUCAUGCAAUAAAAUGCAAAUUAAUUACUUAAAAAUCAUACAAUGUGAUUUUCUGACACAGUUGAAGUGUACCUAUGAUAAAAAUUACAGACCUCUACAUGCUUUGUAAGUAGGAAAACCUGCAAAAUCGGCAGUGUAUCAAAUACUUGUUCUCCCCACUGUAUAUAUAUAUAUAGAGAGAGAGGGGGACAGUAGAUUAAAUGUGUAGAGAGAGAGGGAGGGGGACAGUAGAUGAUAUGUAGAGAGAGACAGUAGAUGAUAUGGAGAGAUAGAGAGAGAGAUAUAGUAGAUGAUAUGGAGAGAGAGAGAGAUAGUAGAUAAUAUGGAGAGAGAGAGACAGUAGAUGAUAUGGAGAGAGAGAGAGAGAUAUAUAUGUAUAUAUAUAUACUCAUAAACAGAUCAAUAUUGUUGACAAGUUUAUAAUAGGCAAACUCAACCCUUAGUCUCGCUGCCAACAUUCCCUCCAGCAUUCCCACCACAUCCACAGACCCCUGUCCCCGAAUACUGUUCUUUCGGGUCUUCCAUAUCGCUAAUUUUGCUGCCCCUAACACAAAAUUAAGCAACACAACUACACCUUUUUGACUAAACCUGUACUUUGGCCCAAAUAUAUACAGUUGGGAAGAGAAAACCUCUCCCAACGUUGAGAACCAAUUAGUGAUCAGGUCAGUCAUCCCGACCAACCUGGGACACUGUAAAAAUAGAUGUGCCAGAGUUUCAGACUCAGCGCAGAAUGGACACCCCUCCCCAACAGUAGGAUCCAGGUGUACCAGAUACAUGUUGGUGGCUAUGGCUCCAUGUAUUAUCCUCCAUUGGAGGUCAGCUGUCCUCUUAUCAAUAGGCAGUUUGUAUAAUGAUCGCCAACAGCCUUUUGGGGAGGCACCUGGACCAAGCACACCCGCCCACCUCGUCGAUUUUACCCCUUCCAGGGAAGAGGCAUGGGACACCUUUACACAUAUUCUGUACAUGGCCUUCUUUCCCACCUCCUUGAACUCCCCCAGCUCCGGGGUAUCGAAGGAAAGCAGCAUCCCCACGUCCUCCUCGAAUGCCCCCGCCGCAGCACUAACAAUCAGUGCAGGGAACACAUAAUCCAGACAUCCCUUCCACCGAUCAGAAUUGGAAGUGUCAGUCACAUACUGCAGAUGAAGUACUGGCAAGGAGUCACAGACCUCAGCGACGACCUUCCUCAGUAGGCGAGACGAUCGGAUCCCCCCUCUUUCUCCCAGCUCCUCCAACGACCUAUUCCUGUUCCGCAUCAGAUGACCCAGCUUAGUACACCCCACGCCUAACAGGCAUGAACGUAGGCUAGCUGAACCCAGAACACGGGACUGGAUGGCAGUGUUGUGAAAAAGAGGCUCUUCAAAAAGCCACAUCCCUGGUGGAGUGAGGCCAGGCAACACACCCCCCUCCAGCUUUAAGAGGAAAAGGUGCUUGUCUAAGCCCAAACAGCCCGCUCUCCUCAUCAAUGUGUAGGCUGUGUCAACCCAGCUAGAACUGUCACUGUACAACAGUCUCUGGGCUGCUUGAAGCCGGAAAGCCAUGAUCCUAGAGGAAAUGUCCAGCAGGCCUUGCCCACCCUCGUGCAGUGGCAGGUACAGGGCUGCAGCUUUAAUCCAGUGUUGUCCAGACCAGAAGAAAUUGACAAGGGUCCUCUGAAGCUCUUGUAUCAGACCCUUUGGUGGCUGCAAAAUCAUUAGUCUGUGCCACAGGGUAGAGGCAGCAAGAUUAUUAGCUACCUGUACCCUUCCCCUAUAAGACAGCUGGGGCAGCACCCAUUUCCAUCUUGACAGUCUGGCACACACUUUCUCCACUACACCCUCCCAGUUCUUUUUCUGAAAGACAUCGGAGCCUAGAAAACCCCCCAAAGUCUUCAUCCCAUCUCUGCCCCACUGAAGCCCCCCUGGUAACCGUGGAGUGGACCCCAUCUGAAGCUGACCUUCCCACAGCGCUUCACUCUUUCCCCAAUUGACUCUAGCUGAGGAGGCCCCCUCAUACACCUUUAAAGCGUUUGAGAGAACCUUACUGGUUUCUCUGUGCCAGGUGUAAUGAAGGGUCCCACGAUAGCACUGUCUGCGUAUGCAGACGACGUGACAGUUUUUAUUACAGGGGGUGAGGAUGUUAAGCUUCGCUCUUAAAAAACAAAGCAUUGGUUCAAUCGCCAGACUAUAUAACUGCCCUGAAAUUGGGCAUCCCUGCCUGAUGCCCCUUUGGACAGGGAUGGGGCAACUCAAACCACCCCCCACCUUCACCAUACACGAGGCCCCAGCAUACAGUAAAUUCAUCCAAGACAAAAAAACAUCCCCAAACCCAAAGGCUUUCAUUGUUUUAAACAAGUACUGAUGGUCCACACGAUCAAAAGCCUUCUCCUGAUCCAAAGAAAGUAAACCCACAUUUACAUCAGACAGUUUACAAAUGUCUAAAACAUCUCUUAUUAGAAACAAGUUGUCAACAAUAGAGCAAUCAGGUACACAGUAGGACUGGUCCUUGUGGACCAACAAUCCAAGAUACUAUUUCAACCUGUUUGAGAGACAUUUAGAAACAAUUUUAGAUUCUGCACACAGCAACGCAACAGGUCUCCAAUUUUUUAUGAGAGCCAAAUCCCCCUUUUUUGGCAACAGUGAAAGUACCGCACGUUGACAAGAUACAGGAAGAGAGCCCUCAUGAAAAGAUUCACACACCACUUCAUAAAAAUCCUCCCCAAUAGACCCCCAAAAAUGCUUAUAAAACUCAGAUGGUAAACCAUCAAUGCCAGGGGCUCGGCCUGUUGAGAGCUGCAUAACUGCUGUGGACAGCUCUUGCAGUGUAAUGUCAGAGUCCAAUACGACUCUUUGCUCAGGUCCCAAUUGAGGAAGACCAUGUAACAACUGUUCAGUACACAGAGAGUCACAAUCCUCCGCCUUAUAGAGGGCAGAGUAGAAAUCCACGGCAUGUUGACGCAUUUCACUGUCAUCCGUGGUCACCUUCCCAUCAGGGAGACGAAGGCAGACCAUCUGUUUACGUUGCAAUGUCGACUGUCCUAGGUAAAAAAAAAAGCACUAGGUGCAUCCAUAUCCUUGAGGGAAGCGAAACGAGACCUAAUCAAGGCACCCUUCACUCUUUCAUGCAGAAACAACCUCAGUUCAUGUUUCUUGUCCUGUAAAUUCAUGACUAGUCCGGGGUCAUUCUGAGUGAGCAACUUCAAUUCAAUAGAUUUGAUGUCCUGUUCAAGGGCCCUGAUAGUCUCUUUAACUUCAAUUCGAGACAGAGCAGUAUACUGUUGACAAAAUAAUUGUAUUUGGGCCUUCCCAACCUCUCACCAUUGUCUAAAGGACUCAAAAUUCCCUUUUGUAACCCUCCAUUUUUCCCAAAACAACAAAAACCUUUCACAAAACAUGACAUCAUGUAACUAUUUAACAUUAAAAUACCAAUAAGAUGAUGACCUUCGUGGACAGGACAAGUGAAUAUCAACAGUGACAAUAUGGUGAUCAGAGAAACCCACAGGAGUAAUGUCACACCUUCCAACCCUACUACAGUAUUGCUCAGAUACAUACAACCUGUCUAACCUUGCUGCACUGACAUGACCUUCAUUAACUUUUAGCCAUGUGUACUGCCUAACUUUUGCAUUCCUUACUCUCCACACAUCAGAAAGCUCAAACUCAGUUAACAGACCAGACAGGCAAGUGGCUGACCGCAGGUGAGGUUCUUCAGCGGUGCGAUCAACAGUAAAAUCCACUGUACAGUUCCAUUCCCCUCCUAAAACCAUACACCCCUCUUGGUCACACUGUCUUAAGGUUUCCUUUAUUUUAUCAAAACCAACAAUACGCUCUGUACCCUCAUUAGGAGCAUAAACAUUCAAAAAAAAACUAACAAAAACCUCAUAUCAUCCACCUUGACCAAUAAAACCCGACCCUUGACAAUCUCUGUUGUAGAUACCACAGUCACCCCUAAGCUUGAAGAAAACAAGAAUGCCACCCCAGCACUGAAAUUAGUACCAUGACUGAGUAUAUGCUGCCCCUCCCACCACAUACCCCAGUCAACCUCAUUUUCCUCAUCACUAUGUGUCUCCUGUAGGAAAACUACAUUAAUUAAUUAAUUAACAUUAAGCCUUUUCUGUUUUAUUACUUCUAAUACCCAAGCCCUCUUAUUCCUGUCCCUUCCUCCAUUAAUAUUGAGAGAACCUACCCUUAGUAUCUCCAUAUAGAAAAGAAAAAGGAAAAGCAGAAGAUACCACAGAGAAACCAGACAAAGAGAAUAAAACACCCUAUGAGGCAUAAUCAUCAGCAUUAUUUAAAUGUUCUCUUAACCUGACCACGUUUCCCACCACCUUUUGCUGCUGCAACAGCAGUAACACAUUUCCUCAAGCAAAACCGCUUCUUCUCACUCAACUGGUCUAACCCCACUGUCUUCUGUAACAUCACAGCUGACCUCACAAAUUUAUCAACAUCAACAUAAUCUGCCAAUUUGACAGAUUUCCCAAAAGUCUGAUCCAGAAACCCAUUUACCUUCUCUAGAUCAUAAAUAGAGUCCUCACCAGCUGAUAUCGUAUCAAGAGAGAUAUCCAUACCUUCUCCUGAUCCUCCUCAACUGAGGCCACAGACCACUGACUCCCCUCUACCACAUCCCUUUCAACACUCCCCACUUGCACCCCAUCACUCGUACCAGGCAUCUCCUCCACUACCUGGGAGACUAGCCCCACCUGAACCCCAUUACUCGUAGUGGGCAUCUCCUCCACUACCUGGGAGCCUAGCUCCACAUGAACCCCCUCCUGUACCCUAUUACUCGUAGUGGGCAUCUCCUCCACUGCCUGGGAGCCUAGCUCCACAUGAACCCCCUCCUGUACCCCAGCACUCAUAGUGGGCACCUCCUCACCACUCUGAGGAAAUGGCUCUUCAGAUCCAUCCUUACCUUCUACAACAAUAUUUUUCUGCUGCAUAACAUUUCCCUCUGGUACAAGUUGCAUCUCUGUGCCCUCAACACGGACAACUUGUUCCUCAGCAACAGAUGCUUGUGGCUGCUCUACGCUCUACCCCCCUGUCAGCCCACCUCUUCCCUACAUCAGUGGGCCCCAGGCGUUACGAGGACCACCUGCGCCCCCUCCCUCUGCCUUCUCCCUUUUCGGGCAAGCAUAUCGCUUAUGACCAACAUCCCCACACUCAAACACAGUUGACUACCCAUACUACAUAAGCCAUAUAACGUCUAUUGUCAUACCUUUAUCAGUCAAACCGAUAACUCCAAAGUCUGCUCCGGUGAGUCCAAAAACAUAAACACCUGCGCCGAAACGACAUAACCUGUUUCAACGCCGGGUGUUGCAACCCAACGGGACAACCUAAUUGAACUUGCAAGCUUCCCAAAGCGCAAUAACUCGCGCUCCAAUAGCUCAUUUGGAUAAACGGCGGUUACAUUUGAAAUCGUUUAACCCUUGUUGACGGAGAAAAAAGCGGCGUACUUGAAUAAACAUUCAUUUAAGAAGUACGCCAAUGCUCAACCAAUACGAUCAACAAGGCGCUCUUCUUUAAGAAAUACCACCAACCCGCUUUUAUGCAUCCGUGACGCAUCAACAUUCUCAGAUCCUACCUUCUCCUAUCCCUACGGCGACCAGAAAACUCCUCCACCGUGACAGUAGCUUCGUAACACACCUAAAGCCGUGCCGAAGUGAGAGGGACGGCGUCCCCAUUCGGCCGCCAUCCCCACCAAAAUCAGGAUAAUUUCGACAAGAAAACAAUAUACUUUAUUCUACCACAACAGAAAAUAGAAAUAAUACCUUAAUCAUGCUAGAAGAAAAAAGGAUAUCACCAAGAAAAGGAAAACCGAAAGAAAACCCAGGAUAUCUAACGCUACACAACACUCGCACUUAGCACUCACUCAAACAAUUCCCAGCAUGCACCAAACAUCAGGGAUAAAAUUGUAGACCUGCAAAAGGCUGGGAUGGGCUACAGGACAAUAGGCAAGCACUUGGUGAGAAGCCAACAACUGUUGGCGGCGAUUAUUCGAAAUGGAAGAAGUUCAAGAUGACGGGUCCAUCACCCUCGUUCUGGGCUCCAUGCAAGAUCUCACCUCGUGGGGCAUCAAUGAUCAUGAGGAAGGUGAGGGAUCAGCCCAGAACUACAACGGCAGGACCUGGUCAAUGACCUGAAGAGAGCUGGGACCACAGUCUCAAAGAAAACCAUUAGUAAACACACUACGCCGUCAUGGAUUAAAAUCCUGCAGCGCACGCAAGGUCCCCCUGCUCAAGCCAGCGCAUGUCCAGGCCCGUCUGAAGUUUUGCCAAUGACCAAGCUGGAUGAUCCAGAGGAGAAUGGGAGAAGGUCAUGUGGUCUGAUGAGACAAAAAUAUAGCUUUUGGUCUAAACUCCACUCGCUGUGUUUGGAGGAAGAAAAGGAUGAGUACAACCCCAAGAACACCAUCCCAACCGUGAAGCAUGGAGGUGGAAAACAUCUUCUUUGGGGGCCCUUUUUUUUCAAAGGGGGCAGGAAAGGGCCGCCAACCCAUUGAGGGGGAGGAGGAUGGGGCCCCUGUACGCGAAAAGAAUAAAAAAAAAAUUUGAUUUAGAGAGAGGGCAGUAUAUGAAUUUGGGGAGAUAAAAGAGGAGAGGAUAGUUUUGAGGGUAUUUCGAGAGAGAGGGCAUAGAUAUAUGGAGAGAGAGAGGGAGAGAGAGAGAGAGGAGAGGAUAAUAAGAAAGGGGGGAGAGAGGAGAGACAAA